AUGGUAGUGGGGGGGCGUGAAGGGGGCGGUGGUACCGUACGCGGUACGGUAAUCGCUUCGCGUAAAAGUCCCACGUAGGAGCGAUAGCGAAAACAAUAAUAACAACGCGUUACAUUCGUCGUAUUGUUUUUUUUUUUUUUUUUGAAAACAUCACAUUGCACGACGUCUCGGCGGUGCAAACCGAACGGAUUUUGAAAAUAAUGUACGCACCGCGAGCGCGUAAUAUCCGCGCGUGUGUGUUCGCGUAACUAAUAAAUUGAUUCGGCGGCGUCGUCUGGGACGCUUGCGCGCGGGCGACAACCCAGAUUUUUCGGCGCAGUCGGGAGGGCGCGAGACUCUCGUCGGUCGGACCUACACGUACAGUUUCUUCUCCGCGACGCCCGUCCGUCUGCGCCGCUGCCGUUGCAGGACGUGCAGCAACAGCAACGGCGGCAAGAGCGGCGGCGUCGGCGGCGGCGGCGGCGGCAACAGCGGCGGCCUCGGCGGGAGGAGCGACGGCCAACGGCCGGGCGACGGCGGGUGCGGCGCGGCUGUCAGGGUGGGCUUAUUGGGUGGGAGCGGGUCGAGAGGGGUCUAUAAGGUCGGAGGCGGCGCGACCGCGGCGGCGACGUCGGCAGUGGCGCUGGCAGUGAUAACCGCGGCGGCCGACAGACUACGAUGCGCCCGGCUCCAGGCCGCAGGCAACAAGUGCCCCGUCAAGUCCGACCCUGAAUCCAGGUAUGAUGAUCGUAAUAAUAAUAAUAAUAAUAAUAAUAAUAAUAAUAAUAAUAAUACGUAAUAGUACGUAAUAAUAAUGACGAUAACGUAAAUACUUUUCCGACGAACCGAUUGCGUUUUAAUUAACCGAAAAGCUUUUGACGAACACGUGAGUUUGGAAAUGCAAAUAUUUUUGUUUUUAAUUUUUCCGACCGUUACAUAAUUAUAGUUUCUGUCGUAGUGCGGGUUUCGGCGUAGGCGUAUUACGAUGAUCGCGUUCCGGUUCGUUACUAUUUUUUUGUCAUUCGAUAUCGCGUACGUUUUUCGAAAAUAGUACGAUACGAUGUAAUACAGGCCCGCGUAAAGUUACCGACACAUUUUGUACGACGCUUUUUUUUGAAAAAAAAAAAAAAAAAAUCGUUUAUCGAUUCGAAUUAAAAUUUGUUGGACGAAAAAUAAAAAAGGAAAAACGAAUACGCCCGACCCUUUGUGUACCCGGUAGACGACAUCACGGCGCGGAAAACAAAAACUCGCGCGAUAAUCCGCGGUAAUAUUAUUGUCGUCUUCGGAGCCGCCGUUUCGAAGUUUCGUGUUUGUCUUUCGACGUCGACGUGUUUAUUUACACCGUCGACGGGCGGGAGAUGGGGGAAGGGGAUCAUCUUGUUUAUUUUUCAACGGCGACUUUUCUCUAAUCGGUCCGACGUGGGUAUACCUAGCCGUUAAAUUCGGCAUAGUCAAUUUUCGCACGUGACUUGUUGGUCGUACGGUAUUAGAUUUAACGCGAAGCUGCACAAGUCGCGAUGUACAUUUUUACCGCGACUAGUUCGAGUGGAAUUAUCCCGAGAAAAAAAGGCAAUAAAUAACUUGGCGAAGUCGGAGUUCAUGUUAAAAUGUAGGUACACGAAUUCGAGUAACUAUUUAGUGAAAUUACAAAUUUCAGGAAAAUUAAAGUCAAAAGUUAUCAAAUAAAAAUCAAAUUAAAACUUAACUUUUAGUUUGAUUGGCUAGGUCCGAAUUUGAUAUUUGACACGUAGAUACAACGAAGCUUAUUUGAACAGAGGCUCAGCCACUUUUUCCGUCUGCUUUAAAAAUAAUACGUUUUAGACAAAUAAAAAAACAUUACCGAAACGUCGAUUUCGAAAUAAAUUAUGUCGUUUGAGGUGAGACAAUUUUGUUCUCCGUCGUAAUUUAUGUGAAACGCUAUCGUGUACCUUCAUGGAAUUUCGGUCGGUCAAGACCUACCCGAACAUUUUCUCAAACGUCUCCGACUCCGGGUCGACGGUUGAACAAAAGUGCACCCAACUCUUGUGCAUAACAUUAAUUAUUUUUUGUUAGACAGAAUGAAAAAAUUAAAAUUAAUUUUUUUUUUGUUGUUAUUGUUUAUAUAUUUUCAGCGGAGCGCAAAAUCAGAGAGGAAAACCAAAAGACGAGUUUAAAGGUAGGUAAUAUAAAUAGUUCAUAUUUUAAUUAAUGUACUCGCGUAAGUCGUACACCGUGUAACGUUUAGUGUACUAUUUAAUAUGUAGAUUAGUUAGUCGAUUUAAUCGCGGGUGGUUUAAAAUUAGUAUUACACGUUUACUUAUACAGAGUGAUCUCUGUGAUCUGUUUAUCGCGAACAGCGAUUUUUUCGAAGAAUUCUAAGCGAAUUUCCGGUGUACUCUCCCCCCCCCUUCCCCUUAUAGACUUUCGAUUUUUAAACAGGAUUUUCCUCCCGCCCCUUUUAAAUAUGAAUUCAAAUAGCGAAUACGUUUAUAACAAUAAUAUUGCUAUACAUACGCCAUUGCAUAACGCUAAAAUAUCGGAUUACACCGGAGCGGUAGUAUUUUUCUACUUAUCUAACCCUUCUGGGAGUUGUCAAUUUAUCGACGAAAAAUUGUUACGAAGUUAUUAGUUAAGUUAUUAAUAGGGUUGGGGACUUAUUGCAUUGACAAUAAUGAAAACACGCAUGCAAAAAUUCAUUGAAAUAUCAUCAAAAAUGCACGAAAACGUGUACAAAAAAAUGUAAAUGUACACAAAUAUUUACCAUAAUUAAAUUGAUUUUUUUUUUUUUACUUUAAAUGCAAUUUAAUAAAUAGUAAUAAUUAUGUUUUUCCGUUUUAAGAUGUUAGGUGACAAUAAACCUUUUAUUCGCGCUCACUAACGUUUCAUUAAAAUUACGAAACGACACAUUUUGGUCUGCUGAAAAAAACAUCUAACCUAAAUUCUGUGUUUUUUUUUUUUUUUUUACUAAAACACUGGUUAUUGCCUAGGCAUUUUAGUUGUGAAACGAACGAAAAUGAAAUUAAUGAAAUUCGAAACAAAAAUUACGAUCACGGACACGAUACAGCAAAACACGAGACUGAUAUGUGUACAAUUAAGCUUAGAGAGUAAUGACGAGCUGUGUAUUAAAAAAAAAACACCCAGAAUAUUUUCUUCAAAUAUCUUAUCUUUAUUUAACGUUUUCCGAUAAAAAUUAUUGAUUUCAAUAGUGCACACAGAUUUUUUAUUAACUAUCUAAAUAUUUUACGUACUUACAAUAUAGCAUGCUAUGUGCACAAAAAAAAAAAUGGUCUUUUCAUAAAAACCUCAAUAUAAUAUUUGCAAACAAAUGUAAUUUUUUUUUUGUGUUUUUAAAUUCGUUACGACUAUAAACAAAUUUCUGUCUUACUUAGCAAUUUAUUGGACUAUUCAAUAAAAAAAUUUAAAUUCAAUAAGUCCCGAACUCUAGUUAUUAGUUAUUAGUUUAUUACUCUUCCCGGCUCCUCCGGAUUAAAAAUUAAACCGUUUUAACUCACACAAACGGUAAUUCUGAUUACGUUCAGAGACAUAAUAUAAUAUUCUCUAAUCGAAUAAUCGUGUAAAAUUAGAGGGGUUUGGGAGAGUAUUUGCAAAUCAAAAGUCUUAUCACUCGUUCAAGGUAUAAAUAACGAGUAGGGGUGAAAACGAUUGGGAAAAAAAAAACAAAAUAAUAAAAAAUUUAAAUUACCAAAAAUAUCCUCCGAGGAAAUCCGCCCAUUCACGAUAAACCGAUCGCUCUGUAUACGCGACAGUUGCAGUAGCGCAUGCAGGAUUUUUUGUCGUGAUGUGUUUUGAUUGUUAUAAUUUCUUAGAGGGGGGGGGGCUGUAUUAUUAUCAGUACGGUAUACUAUCACACUAUUAUUAUUGAAUAAGCGAUUAUUGAUGAAAUCAAAUGAAUUUUUAUUCCGUGUUUAUAAGAUAUACCAGAUGAUUCAUUUGAAUGUGUACACCCAUUAUAUCGGAAAGUAUUAACUUUUUCUGAAAUUUGUUUUCGAGAACACAUAAGAAACAAGCUGCUCCGAAAUUUUAUAUUUGUGUUAGUUUUUGUCACCCUUAUUUUUGGGAUUAAAACAACUACCUAAUUUUGAUUUUCUAACGGCAACCUAUAUUAAAAAGUCCAUAAAUAUAUUGAGUAUUAGUUAAAAUAAAUUUUAAAGUUGACAUUCUUUAUUUCCGUGGAUCCGUUGACGAGAUAUUCCACCUUUAAGUUUGAGUCGGGAGAGGGUGGUGGUGCAUUAUUAACACGCCGCGUGCCGUACCGCCUCCACUACUCUUCUCUAACCCAAAACUUAGAAGUGGAAUAUCUUGUCAAAGGACUGAAGGAAAUUAAAAAUGUCAACACUAAAAUCGAUUUUAACUAAUACUCAAUCUAUUUGUGGACUUUUUAAUGCAGGUUGUCGUUUGAAAAUCAAAAGUAGGUAGUUGUUUUAUCCCUAAAACUAAGGGUAACAAAAUCUAACACUACUAUAAAAUCGCGGAGCGGCUUGUUACUUAUAUGUUCUAGAAAACUCCGGAAAAAGUUAUUACUUUCCGAGAUAAUGAGUGUAUCCGCUUAAACGAAUCCCCUGGUCGUAUAACGUUGAAUGCAAAACUUGAUUUUAAAAAAAAUUCAGCAAAGGAAGACAUUUCUAGAAGGAGAGGGGAAAGUGACCCUUAAUCGCCCCUCCUCUCAGUGUGCGCCACUGGCGAUAGUAGUCGAGUGUUCGUGCGGCGCGUUAUAAUAAUAAUAUUUUAUUAAUUGAGAUAUAUAUAUUUUUUUUUCGUAUUUUUUCCAAACACCCAAGGCCGAACAUCAUUUUUUUUAUCAGAACCGCCGCCGACGCUAUCCAAAUAGCAAUAAUAUUACGUUUGAAUAAAAUAACAAUAAUAUCGGACACGCGUUUCGCCACUGCGGCACAGCCGGAGCUAACGUUAUCGGUCUCCCGUGUGCGUUUCAAAGUUGCGGGGCUCGGUAUCAACCGCGGGAAAACCGCGGCGAAUUCCGUUGGCGGGAGCACCGCGCGUACGGGGUCCGCGGACUCUCGCGGAUACCGGUCACGCCGAAACAUUACCGCGCGUACUCAUGCCGAAGAAGGGGGGGGAAAAAAAAAAAAAAAGGCGGACGGCGAAACGUCGUAAACAUUCCCGGGGGUGGUCGCGUCGGAGUCGUCGUUUACACGAAACGACCGGCUUUUCCGUCCCCGCGAUAUAAAAUUAUUACCCGUCGUCGUAUUCCCGAAUUCCCGCGUCACACCGCUACCGCCCCCCGGUGUUUGGCCGAAUCGAAUUAAUGAGAUACCGUAAAUCGAUUUUUUUUUUUUUUUUUUUCAAAAGUUUUUUGGUAAACGUGACGCGAGAAUUUCGUUUUCGCGGCGCCGUCGUCGACGCGAGAUAUUAUCAAAACUUAGCGAGGUUCCCGCUAAGCAGCGGCCGACAUUUUUACCGGCCCGGGACGGUUUCCGUUUCAACGGGCCGUUUAUUUGUUUUGCGUGUUGCGUCUGCGGACGCGACACAGUUCGACCGCCGAAUCGCGUAGUGCGCCAGGCAACCGUAUCACAAUGGUCUUGAAUCGCGAUCGGUUUUCUCGUCAUUAUCAAAGGCGCACGCGCGCGAUGCGUCGCGGUACGGGCAACGGAAAACGAUAUUUUUGUAAAUAAAAAACGGAGGAGGACGACGGUUCGUGUGUAAAAUCGGUUUUCACGACGGCCGGGGUCGGUAACGGGGUCACGGCCCGGUUCCGGCCACCCGGUAUCCACGAUCCGCCGCUGCCGCUCAGAUCGGGGGGUGGGGGGAGGGGGGGGAUUAAGGUCCUCCCCGCCCCGCGGCGCACUUCAAACGAACCGAACGCUCGAAACGGUUACAAUAAUAUUAUUAAAUUUGCUUUAUUGUCGCGCGCGGGCAUUAUUACGGUGCCCGCGGCCCGCGGUUAAGGCGACGGCGGGCAAAGUUGAAACGCCGGGCCCCGCGAUCGCCGACGACGUCGUUAAUUAAACAACGUAUGCGUACCCGCGUAAUAAUAAUAAUAAUGAUAAUAAUAAUAAUACAGUUAGACAACCGAAUUAUGUAAAAUAGACGCACAACAAGAACAAUAGAGUUUGCGGCGUUCAGAAACCGUAACUUUUCGAGUGCCCGUGCCGUAUAGGUUACGGGCAACGCGCGCGCGAUCGAUUUUCCCAGGAUCCGCCAAGAUUUAAACACUACCGCACGAUAUUACUGUGUGAUAGGGGUAACGCGCGUUUGACAUGGGGUCCGUCGUUUCUGUAGAGGAUUCGAUAUCGUCUAACCGAUUCGACGCACCGUCCCGUCCUAAUACGUAAACAAUUGUUCGUUUGUUUUUAUUUUUUUAUAAAAAAAAAAAUCCGAAGUAACGAUAUUGUAUUUUUGUUUGGAAAUAUUAUGAUACGAAUUCGAAGUAUUAAAGAAAAUAUAGGACGACAGACGAAAUAAACGCGAGAAGAAAUAGUAUAAAACUUGAAACGACAGUAGGCAAAACUAUACAAACGUGUAUGAAACCACGUACAAAUGAAGACAAAAACGAAAGCCUUAAAAAAACACUGGCUUGAACGGACGGUAUUAAAAACCGGAAUAAUUUUUUAAAAUGAAGAACAAUCGAUUUGGCGUGCGUGCAAAUUAAAACGUUUUAAAAAAAAAAUCGCAACGCAAACAUUCCAAUAAGCAAAACGGGAAAGCGCCUACCUCAAGGGAAAAACUGAGAGACGAAAAGACCACGGAAGAAUCGCUCGAAGAAAACUCAAAUGUUUUAUUCGAAGAAGAGAAUAAUAUACACGGAUGACGGGAUUUUACAGUUUAUGAGAUCAGACAUGCAGCAUUUGAUAAUGCAUUAAUAUAAACGCUAAACAAUCGACCUAACAAAAGUCAUUGUUAAAUGUAAUCCCGGCUGAGCUCCCGGUAAUUCGCGGACAUAGAUAUUAAAAACGAACUGUACAAAAUAUGCAGUGCAGUGCAUCUAAAGGGAAAAACUUUUCGAGACUGUGGGAAGCAUAUUGCGAUAUUGAUUUCAAACAAGAAAGGAGCACAACAGUAUGAAUAAUAUACGAGAACACUAUAUACCUAAUCAAAUCUUAAUAACAAAUGUUGUAAUGUUUUCGGUAGCACGUUUGCCACUGCAAAUUUUAAAUUCGGUCAAUGUCAAAUAUUUAUUGAUUUCUGGAGCGCACAAUUUGACGAGUUUGUUGAAUUAUAUUCUACGCAUCUCUGGUUUGUUGGGUUUCGAGACCCCAUUGGUAUCGAAAAUGCAUUAGAAUCCUAAACGUUUUGUUUACAAAUGUCAAUAACAAUAUAAAUCUACAUUACAUUUAAACAUAUAAAUAAAUAAUGUACAAUAUGUAAAUAUAAAUAAAUAAAUUAACGCGUCUCUUGAAUUACAAAGUCGAAAAGUAAAACGCGACUGAAUAGACAUUGAUAUCAGUUAUUAUUUUUAAAAUUGGUUAGUACGGACUUGAAUACGGAAUAUUGAAUAAACAACAUAACAUUUAAAUUCAUUCAGUUUUUGAAGAACUACACACGCACAAUGAAAUGAAGAAAAAUAGUUAAGUAAUGAUUUAAAAAUAAUAUCUUAUGUCAAUAAAUUUUAGAUAAUAAAUAAUAACCGAAUAAUUUCUGUUUCAUAACAUAUCUGUGUAGAGGCGGAUCUAUACAUUUUUUAGGGGUGCGGGGAAGGGGGAGGGCACAUUAUUUAUAUUUUCGGUAAAUUAAUUAUAAAUUUUAUAUUUAAUUAAUAUAAAAUAUAUAAAUAAAAACAGUAGUCCAUUAACAGGGGAGGGGGGAGACUUCCCGCCCCUCGUAAAUACGCCAUUUCUACUAUUAUUGUAGUCUGCUUCCCACUAAGAGAUUCGUGAAAUCACCAACAUUUUGAUAUGAAAUAUAGAUGAAUGAUUUUUUUUUUUUUUUUUUAAUUUUACUAUUGCUUUUAUUACUUAUACACUUAAUGAGGUAUUCGCAAUAGGAGUAUAAUAUUAUUAUUAUUAUUUUAUGUUAUCAUCGCGUUAUCGGUGACUAUACACUAUAACUAUUAUCGUCAACGAAUAAAGAGGAAUUAAAUUACCGAACUAUUGAAAACUAUAAAAUCUAAUAUACGAGCGAAAAAAAAAGUGUAUAAUAAUAAUAAUAAAAAAAAAAAGCCUUUUCGCGAGCGCAUAAUCGAACGUGCGGGUAUAAUAAACGGCCGGCGGCGCGUAUACGAAACGUAUUUAUUUUUUUCCUGCGAAUAACUUCACACGCCUCUGUCUAUACACCGCGAUUUUCGUGCAACGGAAAUCGACGGCGUUUUCGUCAGACCGCGCGUUAUUUAUUUUCCGGUCCGCAAACAGCACACGCGUCGGUAUUUCGUAAGUAUUUUUUUUAUUUUUAAUUUCGCAGUGACGUUUAUUGUACGCGCACUAUCCAUUAUCUAUUUAUAUAUAAUAUACCGACCUACAAUGUAAUAACGUUAGGUUUUGAAGAAACACGCCGCUCUACGGCUAGGGCACGUGUCCCCGUCCUCGUGCAGCCGCGGCGGGGUUUAAUUGUCACCCUCCUCGGUGGCGCGGCGACGGCGGUCGACGGGUGACUUAACGAAAGUCAGAGCCGAAAACGAUUUACGGCUUUUAGUAUGAAUUUACGUGACUCCGCGCGAUUCGUGGUAUGAAUAAUAGCCUCCUUUUUUUUUCUCUCUUUCUCGUUUUCGUUUUCGUUUUAUUUUUUUUUGUUCGUUUCCCAACUUUCUCCCGGUUAGGAACGCAUUAAAUUUUCGCCGCGAAUCUCGUUUUUACAAUAUCAUUAGUAAGUAUUAUUACCCGAGCGCACGAAUCAAUAGCGUAAUAUACCUGUAAGACACGAUAUAGUAACAUAAUAUACGUUUACACACGUUUCUAAUUAAAUUCGUUUUCUAGAACUUAUUUAAUUAUUUUUUUUCCAUAAUCAAUCGAACUCGGAUUAAGAGUCCCGGCGCCCGCCCGGCAAUAAACGUUGGAGACGCGGUGGCCUCCUUCAAUCUGGACUUGUAAUCCGCGUAAUCGGCGUGAAUGUAUAAUCGUUUUGUUAUCAAUUACGCGUUGCUUUUGUGUCACAAUCAGUUCACAUUAAAAAUCGUACUUUAAACUCUGAGCGAAAGCGAGGAAUGCAUUCAUUGUACAGUCUUCUGUAUACAAUUCUAUGACGAAAUAAAUUUCGGUCUCUUUAAGGUAUCCGGUUUACGUUGGGUUUUUUUCCCCAUAUUACAAUUUUUAAUUCAAACAAACCAUCUUUCCCGUGAUGUGUAGUUUUGUUGAAUUCGUCGGUAGCGCCUUUUACGUCGAUUCCGUUUUUAUUCGCGUGUAGAGCAAUGUAGUGUAAUCAUUGAUUAUGGAAUUUAUUAUAUUUCUAAGGGAAAACACAAAUCUUCCCGUCAGACGUCAUGACGUUGACGAAUAUUAUUUUAUUUCCGAGCGGACAGUCUGCUGUGGAUAUAGGUAUACUGGACUCCGUCGAAAUAAUGUUAGACUUACACAGCAACGUCAAUUUAAUAUACAACGGGUCACUAGUGUGAACGAGGAAACGUACGGGUGCAGCAAAGGUCAAAUGGGUAAGAGCCAAAACCGAUUUAUAUAAAGAAGGUAGAAAAAUCAAUAAUCCCGCGCCGCUGUACUUAUAUACAAGAAUAAUACAAAUAAAAUUAUAUACUUUUUCCAGAACGUUGUUUGCUCUUCUCUUUAAUAAUAACGUUAAUAGGCAUAAAUACGAGGGACGUCCAAUAAGCAAGUUCAAAGGCUUAAUUUAUAAAAAAAAAAAAAAAAACAAAAAUCGAAAAUGAUCAGAUGUCAAACGUGCGGAAUCGAAUAAUGUCUUCGACAGUAUAAUUGGGACGUUUUUCUCCGUCCAUACUAACCCGAAUUGGCUAUCAAAGAUUUGCAACAAUGUAUUUUGUAGGAAAAUGGAUUAUCGAUUUUGCCAAUGGUACCGUUUACCAGCAGCACUAGUUCGUCAUUUAAUCUUACUACUAUAGCGGAUUUUGUAGCUGAUAGUGAAUUUGCUGUGAUGAAUUACGGAUAAUCGAAUAAUUCGUUAGAAAACGGAGCAAUAAUUUUGAAAACGGUACCGUUUACCAGCAGCACUAAUUCGUCACUAAGUAUUGACACUGAAGAUGAAACUAAUGUUCAAUUUUCUCCGCCAACUUCAGGACCUAUCGAGUAUUGUAUUGAUUUUUAUCUGGGAAAUAAUUGUCGAAUUUUCGCGAAUUGUAUUUUUUGCUUCAAUGAUCUCACACGAACCGCGAGCCGCGGGAAUAUUAAAUUUUCACAUAUACAUAUAGGAAAUAAGAUACUUUGCAAAUGCAUUUUGUUAGACUUGUUUUUUUAUCGAAGUCGAUCCUGCAUUAUGUAUAAUACCUCGGGGUUCGGACGACGAGAUAGAAUCUAAUAAGACGAUUUAAAACUUUUUUUUUCCGUUCCCCAGCGAGAAUUAUUUCUUUUACUCGAUAUGCUUUACUCUAUUGAAUUGUUAAAAUAAUUCUAUUAGGUAAAAAUGAUUUUAGAAUACGUACACUAAUUUUUUUUUUUUUUUCAUCCAAUAAAUAUUACACUACCUAGGUAGGUACUAUAACGUACUUAUCUCAGGUACUUACCGCGAUAAUUCAAAAUUCUGCUGCAAUAGUAACUGUAUAACGAACCAUUAACCGGAUUAAAUUUCUACGCUUAACGGCUGGUAACCACACAAAUAUAGUUCGUUAUAAUAGUAAUUGUUUAGAUCGCUUUGUACCACGACAAUGAUGUCAACCGGCAUUACGACUGUUCUCUACACAAAUUUCUCGAUUUUUUUUUUUCGAUAUGCGGUCGAUUCUUUUGCGAAUAAUAAUUUAGAACCGUUCAAAUUCUCCAUCUCUUUAAAUAUCGUAUAUUUCGUAUCUAUCGUCCGUAUCUUUUUAAUUUUUUUCUGAGCUACUUUCUGUUAAAGUUUUAGCCGUCACUUGGCUCUGUUUCCCUCGAGGCACCCAUUCGUGAGGUGCUCUUUGUGGUUCAUUUUCUUUUCGACGUAUAAUUUAUAUUACUAAUCUGAACAUCGAAUCUCUCGGCCCACAAUAAACCUAGUUACAGGUCUCAUGUUCAUCAUUCUUCGUAGUUAUGGUCGAUUUGUAUACCAAAUUUUGUUUUUAAAAAUCUUCGACUUCCAUUUAACCGAGGUCGUUGUUGUGUCCAUCAGGCCUUAUGUCAUGUCCAAACGAAAUUAGGUGCAUAUAAUAUGCGCACAAUUUUCUACUAAUAUACACAGUCAAAACAGUUUCACGAUUCAUUAUAAUUUUGUUGAAUUGGCUAAAAUAAAUUUUGUUCGCUGUUUAUUCGAUAUCGUUCGGGUAGAAUUUACAAUUGGUACUCGAAUUUAUGAUAGUGGCGACGAUGAGGGUAUGCGAAAAAUGCAUACGUCGCGUUCCCGAUGUCAGCGAAUCGCACGAUUUUUGUAAAAAAAAAAAAAAAAAAAAAGGAAAAACGAUAAGAAAAAAACAAAAGAUGACGUUCUCCUGCACGUUCAAGUUCAAAUCGAUUAAUUUCUACGCGAUGGUGGUUUUGUCGGAAAUGUGGCGUUUUGACGGAAUUUCGUUACCGACGUGCUCUCUGAAUUUUGUUUUUAAAAUAUCCUUUCCACGAUCGACAAAUCCGUAAUAGUAACUACACGAGAGAGGUAAGUUGGGACAUUAUCCUCUUCAAAUCAUUAAGUAAAAUAUCUGAAAAAAAUAAUAAACAAUUGAACCGAUUUUCUAAACAAAUCGAACUACUGUGUAACUAUAUUAUGGUCCAAUGGAACAAGGCUGUAAAUGACACGUAAAAAAAUGGAAAACCAUUUGAAUCAUUAUUAUCUAUCUAAAAUUCAACUUAUUUCGUAUGGACAAUUGAGUUUUUUUUUGAAAUCGUUCAACGUUCAUGCUAUCGUACGCUAGCCAAUUAUACGAUAUUGCUAUACCAUAAAUUGAAAAUUACCACGAUAUUGUUUUCUUUUUUCAUGCCUCCUUUCCCACUAUAUCUCGGCCACUUCAAAUGAAGAUUAUAGCCGUCUUCCCGUGCAGUUUCAAACGGGACAAUAUAUUGUGCGAAUCGAUGAUUUCGUUUUGGGCAUUUUAUCAUGGACGACCACGAAUAAGGCUCGAGUUUGAAUUCAUAAAUCCUUAUUGGGAUUCGGUUUUUUUUUUUUUUUUUACGGUUGUCACAAUAUCGAUUGACAUUGCUGUACGCACGUUCUAUGGAGGUAAUAUUAUUAUUACUGAAAUGCAGUAGUGGGGUGACCGAAUCGAUAUAAUAUAGGCGAGAAAGACUUAAGAGAGAGACAGAGAGAGAGAGAGAGAGAGAGUUAUAGCAGAGUCGGUGGCUUAUACCACGACUUCGGCGCGCAUAGCAGCACUUUGGCCAAUAUCGUUUUAAAUAUUUAUUAACGACUCGAGAAAUUUAUAUCGACGGAGAAGGGGGAGGGGUGCAAGGAGCGGUAAAUAGGUACCUACCUACACAAUAAGUGGACGCGGAGCGGCCCUAAUGGCUCGAGGGGGAAUAUUGUUGCGUAGUCGCACGGAAGCCAUUAAUAAAAACACGGUCGCCUCUUAAUACCCGAGUUCCGAGCAUUGAUGUGUAUAUAAUAAUACAAUGAGAAUUGUUUUCGAAAGCUAUCGCGCGAGAGUUGUACAAUGUUUUGAUCGUUGUUAAUAAGUCCUAAUGUAAAAGGUCCAUCAAUGUUGUUGCUUUAUCGUAUCGGUGUUGUGUUUAAUAUAAAAUAAACGUUCAGAAAAAGUAAAAAACAUCAACAAAUCCUGAAAAAAAAAAAAAACAUUUAAAAAAACAGAAAUGGCCGUAGGGUUUAAAAAUGCCCUCGUUUACGACUCUGAACUCAUUAAAUAAAAUUGUACAACACUACAAAAAUGAUUUACAUAAAGUAAUAUAUUUUUUUUUUUUUUAAUAAAAUUAUACGUACUAUAAAAACAAUUACUUUUUGUUAAUUAUUUUUAUAGUGUUGAAAAAAUGUAAUUUUAUAUAUUAGAGCCGUUACAGAAGACUUUUGAAAUCUCGCUGCCGUUAUUUUUGUAGAUUUUAAGUACUGAAAUUCACCAGACCUCGUCACUCACAUAACUUGCAGGACUCGAUGCAUAUGAAAUAUUUGAAGAUUAUCUAAAUUAUUACACCGCCACCACAUAAACAUACCAUAAAUCAGUAAGUUGUGGUCACCAUCAUCAGUGCCGUCCAAUUUUUUUUAUCGUGGAUCCCGUCCUUCUAGCCCGUUACUUGCAAUCUUUCUAGGUCUCGCCAUACUUCAUCCAUCCGACAUUUUUUUAACCUUCCCCUAAAUCUCCUCCCGUCUGGUUUCCAUUGAAUUACUAUGUCGCCUGUCUUCAUUUUGAGUAACCGAAUUUGUCGGGAUCUUCUCCCCUCCUCCAGUCCUGAAAAGUAAUGUAUUACAAUAUAUCUAAGGUAUCAUUAUUUCAAACACAUUAUUUAUUUCCCUUCAAUUUAAUCCACUACUGGUUCUUAACGUGUAUACUUUGUUCCCAAUGGUCCUAAGUUUUUGUUCAAUUAAGACCAUUAAUGGACAACCCGUAAGUCAAUGUCUUUCUGAUUUGCGAAGUGUGACCUUCCCUCAUUAUUAAUGCAACUGGCUAUUUCAAUGUUCCAAUCGUUAUGGCCGGUUAUUGUCGUUAUUAAAUAUUUAAAAUGUCGUGUUUUUUAUUCGAGCACGUAGUUCUCGACAUUUUUAAUUUCCACUUUCACUUGUUGGCAUUUUCAUCACUUUAGUUUUUUCGUCAUUAUUUACCAGACCGGCUUUUUUAACUCCUUGCACAAACGUUGUUACGUUUUGUUAGUGUGUUUCUUCGUUUUCAACUAGAUUUAGAUCAUCCGUGAAUCCUAGACACUAGUUGAUCGAGCGUAAAUCCAUUGAUGAUCUCAACGCCACAAUCAUUUCUUUGGACGCUCCAUAUCUAAUGCAAUGUUAAUAAUAAAAACGGUAAACGCGCAUCGUCAUAGCCCGGCCCUUGUUUGUGUAUAGCUUGUUGUGCACCCUAACUCGAUAUCCGAUUUCAUUCAUGCGUCACACGCGUUAGGCAAUGAUACGAACUUCCGCCUAAAAAAUAUGUAAUCUAAAAAACAAACACCGCAAUCACGAAACGAUAAUAAUCCGAAUGAUUGAUUUUUGAUUUCGCAGAUCUCGUUUCUCACGCUAUUUAUCGAUUGUCGCGUUUUGAACUCGCCAACAUGAGCGUCGAUUGCGUUUAUACCGGCGCGGUAACGCUGUUGCUGUGCUGUUCCGCCGUGCUGGGCCGGCCGUCGUCUAACGGCGCCACGGAAGGCCCGACCCCGGACGCGGGCCCGGGUAGCGGCGGCGGCCCCGGGGGCGGCGCCGGUACCGGUGCCGGUGCAUCGGCGGUCGAAGAAUCCGAGGAGAUCCCGGUGGUGCACACCACCACGGGUCUGGUGGCGGGAUACACGAAAAUCAUUGCGAACAGCGAGGUGCACGUGUUCACGGGCAUACCAUUCGCCAAGCCGCCCAUAGGCCCGUUGCGGUUCCGGCGCCCGGUACCGGUGGACCCGUGGACCGGCGUGCUGAACGCCACCGCGUUGCCGAACACGUGCUACCAAGAACGGUACGAGUACUUUCCCGGAUUCGAGGGCGAGGAGAUGUGGAAUCCGAAUACCAAGCUGUCCGAGGACUGCCUGUACCUGAACAUUUGGAUACCGCGAAAACAGCGCACCAGGCACCAUUCCAACUCGGCUCAUCAUUCAAAGGUAAGUCGUCGUAAAUAUGUUUUUCGUUCCGUUGUCGAUCCUAUCGGCUUCGCGCCACGUUAACAGUGACCCGUCCGUUCCGUCCAUCCCGUUCAUACGCGUUCGAUGCGUUACGCCCGACCGUGCCAAAGCGAAUUUUAUCCGACGACAAUCAUAGAUAAACUCAUAUUACUUCGGGUGGGGGUUAAUAAAUCGUCAUAAACAAUUUUUCCGCGAACAUUUUCCGUUCGCGUACACUAUAUCACGUUACAGAGCGGUUCACUCGCCGUGUAUAACAUUAAUAUUACGUUUCGGAAAGGUUAUAUUUUUGUAGGAGUCGACCGAAGUGUGACCUUUAUUAUUAUUAUUAUUAUUUCGGUUAUCUCGAACACGCGUUAUUGUGCGCGAAAUAUCGCGUUCCGAAAAAAACAGGAGAGAAAAGCCAAAAACCGACCUUCGCAUUCCCCUCGUCCCCUACCCCCUCCCCUCGUAAACGGGUCGCAGCCAGGGUAACCGCGGAAAUAACGGUAUGCGUACAGAGGUGUACAAAGGCGAGUGGGGAUAUUUUUUUUUUUUGUAAAAUAAUUUUCCCCGUCUUGUUCGGACAACGGACACGUUGUAAUAUUUCACGCGGCCUACAUUGCGUUAUUAUAAUACGCUAUAAGAACUUGUCCGCGUUAAAACGUUAUUAUGUCUCUGAUUAAUGUUUCUCGGUUCACACGCGCGCGGCUCUCGUCACGCGAGUUACCGUGCGCGUGGUGCAAACCGCAUUGGUCGUGCGAAAACGCCGCGCGAAGUCCACGAGACGUGCACACACUAGUGCCUAUUGCCGCCGCCGCCGCCGCGUCACGCGUCCCGUCGGGGUUUCGGUUGGGCUAUACGAGGUUGUCUUAUAGGUUUGACCGGGCGGUAAUUGCCGAAUCGGUUACCGAGUCGAAAACGCAAUUUUACGAAUUGCGGUUCCCGGUAAAAACAAUACUCACGGUGUUUGCCUUCCCCGCCACCCUACCCCCCCNCCCCGCCCCCCUCCCCCCCCCCCCUCUCGCCCUUUCCCCACUCCCCCUCCCCGCGUACGAAUCGAUGCCCGCGUAUGUACUCCGCACGUCACAGUGACAAGGAGGUACCCGUGUAAUAAUACGUUCUUGAGAAAACUGUAGAUCGUUCUCGCGCGCACCACAAUACGCCGGGAGAGCCGCAGUCGGAAAAUGUGUUAAUGUUAUCGAGUUAAGCGAUUGCUAAGCGAUUCGUUUUUCGCAAACGUGUAGACCGAUAGGCCGGAGUAAAACGCAUAGUAUUGCAUCCGGUAGAAUUCAUGUUUUGAAAAAGAUUUGACUCUGUGUACAUUUUUCGUGUAGUUUGAAGGAGAAAUAUUUGCAUUAUUUUUUCCCGUGAUACUUCUAUAGACGAGUUAGAAAAAAAAAAAAAGGUAAACUCGUCAUCUUAACCUUAACUAAGCUAAGUACGAAAAACCGAAAAACGAGUUUCCUAUAAAACAUACGCGAGAAUUCAAAGAGUACAAAUAUAUUUUUAAAAUUAAAAUUGGCCAAGAUGUAGUGGACGAAUUUUAUUUCAGACUCCAGCUUGGUGCAGGUCUAAAACGUAAAAAAAAGAAACAAAUUUUCCAAACUCGAAUAAUAUUCGAAAACAGUUUUUAACCGCUCACAUGGAGAUCAUAAUAGAAACAAAAUCAAACGGUCGUCGAAUUUCGCGUUUUCAAUACUUUUAGGCCACAUUAUUCAUGUUUUAAAUUCUUACUGUAGUGAAGGAGCUUCUAUACUUGGUUUUACUUAGAUAUUUUUUUUCUUUUCGAAAAACACUCGAUUAGUAAAACAUACUACAAAUCCUUCACGAAGUAUCGUAAAAUAUGCGGAUUUUCCACCCGUUUGUACUUUAUUCUAAACGUUUUACUACAUUCCCGAUGGAUGUAUUCAAAAAAAAAAAAAAAACCAAACAUAACAAAUGACGAAAUCACUCGGUUAUCCAAAGUCACCGGCUUUGGCUACAAGGGAAAAAAUACGACUAAUAUAAACUUACCAAAUUACCGGGUCUCGCUCAGAAUAGUUUUUUGUCAUUAAAUUAAUGCAAUUUAUGGUUGUUUUUGGUGCAUAUCAAAUUAAAUUAUUCGAUUCACAAUAACUUCCAAACUCUUCACCUGUAAUAGUACAAAAACGAAUAUUAUUUAUUUUAGUAUAUACUACGAUUUGCUUGAAAUUAAAAAGAAAAAAAUGAUGUCAUUUAUUAUAUCUAGCUGUUUUAUUAUUACUUGAAAUACUUAACUUACCAGCUUGAUAGCUUUGGGAGUCCGUAAAUUUGUUCGCUCGUAUUCGAACUUACUUGUAGGAACGGUACGAAUGAAAAAUAUCCAGAAAAAAAUCUUUUUUUUUUUUUUACCUUUUUCAAACUCGUUCACUUGUCAAACGUUUAUUUGUUUUUUUAUUCCCACGACGGCGAUAAAUAUCUUUAGGGACCGCACGGCCAAAUCCGCAAUUUUAUCGCCGUCUUCGUCAUCGUCCCAGGCGAUCGACUUUCGUGUUACGAUAUGACUUGCAAAUCCGUAAAUCCUCCUAAACGGAGGGUCAGAAUGAAAAUGAACAGUGGCUGUCAGGGAGAAUCGGAGGAUUGAGCACGUGACGGGUCGGUCACAUACCCAAAAGUUAUCGUAGGGGCCGAUAACAUUCAGGGACACACGAAGAAGAUAUUAUGAUUUGUAUCGUAUGGAACAUAGAAGUGGUUAUAAUUUCGUAUGUGCCGGUGAGAAAUAUGGCAUAAUAUUGGUGACGUAUUAUAUUUUGAUAAAUUGCCGGCGAAAACACGAAAAAAACCAAUAGCAAUAAUAUGUGUAGUCGGUUGUUUAAAAUCGAAUCGCAAAAGUUAUACAGUUAAAGUUAUAUAUUUAAAACAAGAACUGUAAGUUGCGUUUUCGCAAACCAAAUCUUUAAACUUUUUCGACAAAUUUCGCGUCGUGAUGAAAUUUUUCUCUAUGAACACUGAGCAUCCGCAGUCCAUUUAACCUAUGUUCUGCCACUGCACUCCUGGUCCAAAUGUCUACGCGUCUUAAUUUGCUAAAUGAUCUCUGUACGGUGCACGUCGUAUGCGGAAGCGCUAAAAAGUUUACUGAGCAUUUUUGUUUUACUUAGGGAAACAAAAAUCGCGUUCGUUUUUAAAUAAAUCGGAUGUAUUUAUAUUUUCAAGCUAUUUGUAUUUGUUUUUCCAAAAGCUCUACUAAUCCGGACACGGUAUUAAAUUAUUAGCCUUCAAACGAUUUUGAACUUCUUUAAAUAUAAUGUUGAAGGCUUUUUGUCAAUUUGUACCAUUUCAGAUGAAACGUGUUUCUGAUAAAUUUAUUAACGAGGAUUUAAGUAUGAAAUAUACGUAGAUACCCUGUAGUAGUCAUAUGGAGUACUGCUACUGUAAUUAACUCGAUGAAUUUGACGGUGUAUUGGUAUAUUAACAUCGACACUGACCUUUUCAGCUACAGUUUUAUAUUAGAUUCUGAGUGGAGUGAGGAAUCUAUUGGUUCUACAACAGUGUUAAUUUUUUUUUUUUUUUUUUUUUUUAUGUGAAUAUUUUUGCUACAAGGAAACUUACUCUGCUUAUCAAGUAUAGCACCUUUUAUGAAAGGACAUUUUCUCUAUGUAGUACUUUUAGAAGGUCAUUUUUUGAAAUUCUCAUUAAUAUUCGAGAUAAUGAGGAAAACCUGGUUCUUCAGGGUAAAAAAGAUUGAAAGAUUAAAAAUAAGGUUUUCAUUGGUAAACGUUUUUAUUUAUUUUUUGUUAUUGUUAAGUUUUUAUUAUUUACAUUUUUUUUUCAACAAUCAUUAUUGUCAUGGAAAUGCACAUUGUUGUAAUCAUUUUACAAUAAUAAUAUGACAUUCGCUCAAAAUCGUCUUUUCGUUAGCAAUAGUUAUUCGUUGCUUACAGAUUAAAUUCCCAUCUGUAUCCUACCUUCCCAAAUUCCCACCUACAUCAGUGGCUGCACUCAAGUGCGAAGUAUAUUUUUUUGCUUAAUCUAUUUUGCUGAAAACUGUCACUACGAGAUUUCCUGUGAUUUUUUUUUUAAAACUUUCAUGUUAUCAUUUCUAACACAAAUUGCAAAACAAUGCAAAUUAACAGACACAGCUUGUAAUUUAGUCGGUUGCAAUAAACUAUUUCUGAGCUGUCCAUAAAAUUAAAUACUUGAUGUAGCACGUCAUGAUGUUUGAAAACCCAGAUUUCUAUAAUGUCUGAAUUUACAUUUUUGUCAAGUGUUAACAAAGUCCAAAACUGUCCUUAUUUCCACAAAAUAUUUACUGAAUAGCCGAAUAGAUUUAUAUUUUUCUGACCACCGUGUUUCGCACAACAACGAAACAUUAGGAAUUAAUUCCGGCGUAGAAUACUUUCUCUGAAAUAAUUUCAUUAAUUUCUCUGGAGGGGCGACUGGUCACCCCGACCGAUCGUUGGAGACUGCGACAGUGAUUACACUCAAGAGGUCUAUACGACGCGUAAACGUGAUAAAGAGGGGAAAAGUGAAAGUGCCGCAGGCGACCAAGAGAAAUAGGGCGUGGUAAGCUGACCAAUGAAAUAUCAACGUCAUCGAAAACCCGUUUUCAUAUAAUAUUGUGUAACGGUGAACAUUAACUGCGUUGUUGUCUUCUCGAGUUCACUUUUAUUCAUGGAACUAUAGCGACUUAAAUAACGGCUCGUAACACAGGGUAACCCGUUUAAGUGUCUACACGCGAUAUUUCGAAAAAUUUUUCAAAAAUUGACUGUUUGACAGUUAUAUAAACCAAAAACUCUACAAUGUUAUUACAUUAUCUUUUGUCACUCUUAUAUUCCGGAACAAAACGAUUGCCCGCAGUUAAAAUGUUCUGUACGUAAAAACUCGAACUCGACGCGUUUAUUGCCGGCUAGUACACAGUGCGUAACUUACACGAAGUUUUAAAACCGGCCUUCUAAUACGGAUAUGAUGACAACUCCAAACCGGGCGUUUAUCCAAGUUUAGUCCCACGUAUAUCUAACUGCGUUUUGAUAAAUCCGCACGUUUCGUCCCUCCUUUUCUCCCGGGCAUAUACAAUGUCGGAUUCGGCAUAAAAAAAAAAAAUUAUAAAAAAAAUACUGUCGUUCGACGUCUGUCUAGGAAUUCGACGCACCUAUGUAUUCCGAACGUUUCGGACGAAAACGCGUGGACGAGGCUGCGGACAAGUCCGUAAAAACAACGUUAAAUUAAAUUUCGAAACGGCCGAAUGACAUAUCUACGCGCGCUUUGCAGUAACGUUCUCAUAAAACGAUCUGUACGUUUUACCGUAUAGCGCGUCGCGUGAAAUGAACAAAAAAAAAAAUAAAAUGGCACCUCAUAAAAUAGUACUCUGCUGUAGAAAAACGGUGUAGUACCGGAGUAUUGUCGUCAAUUGCAUUCGUAUAUAAACUCGUUUGCGAUCACGAACAAUACAUCAACGUCGGGCGAUCCGUCGUAAACUAAUCGUAACGCUCGCGCGCUAUACGACGGCAAACGAGCUUUUAAUGUACAGAUUUUUUUUUUUUUUUUUCCCCGCGGAAUCAAAGUAUUACAGUAUGAGAGAAAACGAAACGUAUCAACGCGAUAUCCGAAAUACCGGAUUCGGGUAUACACCAAAACGGUCCCUUUUGUUUAUUUUUUUUGUUUGUAAUUUUACGCCAUUACAUUAUACCUACCACCAACAAAAGUAAGUUUUUGUCUUUUUAUUUUUUUUUUUUUUUUUGGUUUUGUAAUUUCGACUAUCGGUCCUUCCCGACAAAAAAAAAAAAAAAAAAACAACGACAUCAUUAAGUUCAUUAUACACGAAACUCGAAUGGGGGGGGGGACAAGAAAAAAAUAGAAAAACGUUUACGAUAAAAUUUACACCAUAUGUAUGUGUAUAAUUUUUAGAGAUUCUCAGGCUGUUGUAAUUUUAUUUUUUCUCGGGAAAUCACUUUUUCGAAUGGUAAAAGUGCUCCCGACUUCAGGUACGACGCGAAUUAUUCUUACAGUAUUGGCAGAUUUUUCGACCGGUCGCAUACCCUUGCACCUACUAUAUGUGAACAAUGUUUCUGAAUUCCCGACGGAUUUUUUUUUUAAUCUUUAAAUCGAUAGCCAGACAACGAACAGGGAUGCGCCGGUUUUAUAUUUUUGUCGAUUUCUGCGUUACCUUGGCCGUACAAGGUGAAAAACCGCGACUAAUACUGUUAUAACCAUAGUAUUAUAACUAUAAUUGUAUAUACUAUUAUAUAACUUAACCUCCGUUCAGAAUUGCUGUUUGCCUUAUCGCGCGGCUUUUUUCGGUAAGUAAAUUAAAUGAUUCCAUAUUCUGUAACAUUUAAACUUCUCUCCUACAACGUUGUGGCCUACCCACGGUGCGAAGUAUAUGCGGGUGCCCAUCGUAAUAACUCCGAAAAUAACAACGGUAAUCGAAUUCUGUGUUUUACAUUGUACGCAGGGGACGUGGACUACACAUAACUAUGUUUCAAUCAUUUUUCGUUUCAGUAAUAAACUCGAAAAAAAAAAAAACGUUUGAUUUCGUUAUAAUUUAUAAAAAAUCCGAAGAAAACUGCGUGAUUUUAUUCUUCCGAAAAUGUUGAUCAUUUUUUUCAAGUUCAGAGAAAAAAGUCUACAAUCAAUAUUAGCCAUAAUUAUAACGACCAAUUAGCGAAUGCGAUUACAGUCUGCUGCAUAAUCAGUUUUCCCUAAACUAAUUAUUAAAAAUAACAAUUUUAAUGAAAAUAAAAAAGCUGAAAAGUCAAAAUUUUCAAAAGAAUGAACUUUUUAUAAAAUGGAUAUAUCUUCGACAUUUUCGAAAAUAAUAAAUCAAAAAGUUAUUUUUUUAGCUGUUCACCAAAAUAAUACGAUUUAAUUCGAGUAUGAAUAUUUUUAUUCCUUAUCCCCGAGAGUAAUACAAAAAAAAAAAAAAAAAUUGGAUUAUCUUUAUUAUCUCAGAACAUAUUGCAAUGGAUAUAAUAUCUUCGUGGGACACCCAGCAUACAUUUUAUAAUCGACUCACGACCGCGGACCACUAUUCGUGUUUGGAAAACGAUUCUGAGCGGACUUUUUCAGCAGUUAUUAUUAUGUUAUACACUUGCAGGUGCCGGUAUUGGUUUGGAUAUACGGCGGUGGUUACAUGUCCGGUACUUCGACGCUGGACAUAUACGACGGCGAUCUGUUGGCGUCCACGUUCGAAGUGAUGAUCGCCUCUAUGCAGUACCGGCUCGGGGCGUUCGGUUCGCUCUACCUGACGCCCGACUUGCCCGAAGACAGCGACGACGCGCCCGGCAACAUGGGCCUGUGGGAUCAGGCAAUGGCCAUCAAAUGGAUCAAGGACAACGCGGCCGCGUUCGGGGCCGACCCGGAAACGAUCACGUUGUUCGGCGAAUCGGCUGGCGGUGGAUCGGUAAGUCGGCGGAAUUACUACGGUCGCGGGGCCGUGGGGGAGAUGGUAAUUGUCUUCGACCCGACCCAUCGUUUUCCGCUGUCGUUACAGGUGAGCGUACAUCUCGUCUCGCCGGUGACCAGGGGCUUGGUUCGCCGGGGUAUCAUACAAUCCGGCACGGUGAACGCGCCCUGGAGCUACAUGACCGGCGAACGUGCGACGGACAUAGCGAAAAGGCUGUUGGACGACUGCAAGUGCAACGCUUCGACGCUGGAGACGAACCCAAUAGGCACUAUGUCGUGCAUGCGGGCCGUGGACGCCAGCACCAUAUCCAAAAAGCAGUGGAACAGCUACUCCGGUAUCUUGGGAUUUCCGUCCGCGCCCACCGUGGACGGAGUGUUCCUGCCCGAACACCCGCUGGACAUGUUGCGCAAGGCCAACUUUUCGGAUAUCGACAUACUCAUCGGCAGCAAUCUGAACGAAGGUAAGCCGUCCGCAUCUCCUCUUUUAACUUUUAACCCAAGUCUAUAACGAUCCGAUUGUUUGACAAUCGAGCAGUUGAACGUGUACAUUCACUAGACGACGAAGUAAGCGCGUUACAAAAGCCUUACUAAAGCCGCUUGCACGACGUUCGCAUUAUGUCUGUUCAGUUGUAACCACGGUUAAACACAGAUAUAUACUGGUCACACACAUCGAGCUGUGAUAAGGACGGAAAAUUCGGUUCCCGAAGUGUCUUCGAUAAACUGUCGAUGAAAAAUGACAACUAGCGUGCUCAUAACGGACUACGAUAUCUCCGGGUUCGUGAUGAUCACUAUUUAUUGACCGUCACUACUUCAGUUCGUUUUACAGUCACCGGUGGAUCGCGCCGAUGAGAUUUUUCUCAUCGGUAAAAGACCCUCCGGGGUCUUAUUGCUGUAUUAUGCAAAUCGAUGUUUAUACCGGUAUGUUUAAACAGCUGUGACCGCAUUUAUCGGUUGUUAAUAACCCGACGAAGAUAUUUGUCCGUGUCAGACGCGGUCGUUAAUUGCACUAAAAUCGUUAAUAAAUAUUUUCACACGACGAUAUAUCAUCACGAGCGUAUAAAUCCGCGAAUUUUCCAUCCGCUCGAAACGCUGUCGCGAGGCGAGUCAAUCUGUCCUUCCAUUGUUUUCGGCUCGGAAACCCGCGAUUUUCAACUGCCGUUAACUAGGGUAUUUGUGUGUAUUUUUUUUUUCUUUCUAAAAAUAUACCGGACAACCGUUUUGAUUCCCUUACGAAUCUAUUCGUGCCUUCACGCAGCUAUGAACACGAACCGUGAUUUUGAGAGUAAAGUUUCUCUGUGAUCGAAAAACGGUAAACCUCGAUAUUUUUGUUUAGUUUUUUUAUAUUACAUUCCAAGAUCUAUGAUUUGUGCGUGUGUUUUUUUUUCUGUCUGUAAACAACUUUUACCAGAAAUCUGGCUCCAAUCGAAAAUUGACAUCAGAUUUUUUUUGUUGAAUUUCAGAUUUAGUCGGUGAGUAAGUAAAUCAUUUUUUUUUUUAAUUUUCCGUGUAGUUUUCUUAAAACUGAGCAAACCCGGGAAAAAACGUAAAAAUAACGGGAAAAAGAUAUGGAAAUAAUAAUGGUUUUAUGAAAAAUGAGAAAUUUUCUUCCGGUGGUACUUAAUGUGAACAUUUUUUCUACGAAAUUGAAAACCAAUGACGAUACAUUUGAUUAUUGUUGAUUACACGCUUGACUAUAAAAAAGUGACAUUAUAAAUAGCUAAAGUUUUUACAGUUUUACCACAUAAAAAGAGGUGAUUAUAAGUUUCCUGCUAAAUUCCCAUUCUAUACGAAUAUUUUUAAUUGAAUUACAAUAAAUAACAAAAUUGCAAAAAAAUAAAAAUCAUUAAUUUCGUAAAUUUCCCGUCUUUCUUACGUUUUCACCUGAGUUUUCUCAGGAUAUUAUGAAAACCGCUUGGAAAAUCAAAAAAUAACCGCCUAAAGUACAAUUUAAUCAAUAUUUUCUUCCAGAAAUGGUACCACACGUGCAUAUCGGAGUAAGCUAUCUCGUAGAAAUUUAUGAAAUUAUAUAAAACCGAUACAUUCUCGGCUACACUGCUUAGAAUCUAAAAAAUUAUGUCAAAUAAUACCUUAUUGACUAUACUAUCUAUUACAUCUACUUCCGGACCAAUGCCUAUGCCAAAUGCCAAUUCUAAGUCCACUUUUCUCGGAGAAGAGGGCGAUCGUCCCCAUCGCUCGCCCCUCAGGGACGCACCUGGUUUUCAUUUGAAAAUAAAAAGUGGUUAGCGUAUAAUUUUACCUACAAAGAUAAACAUGACGAAAAAUAACGGGAAUGUAACAUUUUAAAGCUGCUUUAUUACCGUUAUGUGUUUCUUAGUUUUCGAAAAAAAUCAAUAAUUCGCGAUACAAUGAAUAUUUUACCUUAAACGAAUCGCCCUGCAAAAUUAUUAACACGUGUAUACCUGUGCAAAAAGUCGAACCGUUAUGCGUUUUAUGUAUCUACGCUUGUGUGUCAUAAUUUGUGUUAAUGUUACGGAGUACCAGACAGGGUACAGUUAGGUGUCGUGAUUAUGUCCCGUCGUCGUCACAACGUCGCAUUCAGGACUGCGGUACCGCGGCAACUUUGGAUUGAAAAAUUUGAAUUUAUUCUACUCUCGCAGCAUAAAAGUUCGGCGGGUUACGCCGUUCGUUUUCCCAUACCGUGCGUACACGAAUAAACUCGAACCGUCUAAAAAAGUUUUUUUUUUUUUUCGGUCUGAUAAAAAAAAAAUGCAAGAACGUCGUUCCCUCGAUAACUUCUGAAAGCUUUUUAUACGCCAUAGUGCAAAGUUUCCGCGGCCGCCGCCGUCGAGACAAACCGCAACACCGGCCAAAGUAAAUCCAUGCGUAUUCGUACACAGCCACCGCAAUAAGAACAUAAUAUUUCCGUGUUUUAACAAAAAGUCUGUUUAACUUUACAAUUUUAUCAUAUGUAUACAUGUACACUCCCGUACAUGACAAUAUAAAACUUUAUUCGAUAACGGUUUUUGUGUUUCGGCUAUACAUCAUAUAAACUUUGAAUUUUAAUGCGAUUUAUUACUAAACGGUAAAAUUAUAAUGAUGUCAAUUUAUAAUACGGUCAGGAAACGAUAUCGUUGACUACGUAGUGGCUAUACUUACAAUGUCUGUGUAAAUGCCAUACGCCUUUAAUAUUUACGUGGUACACUCGGGCAUGUUCUAUCGAAACCGUUUUACUUAUCUUGCACAAAAAUAAAUCCACGCAAAGCCAAAUCGCUCGGGCGGGCUUUUGUUUUUGGACCGGUAGGCCGAGCAGUACAACAAUAACGUCACUCAGGGAGUCGUGCGGCUGCAAUCGCACAAUUGCGGGCGCAACGUUGAAAUUAUUGUACACAAUAUUAUAACGUCGUUAAACCGUUCUAUGAUAGCUGAAAACAAAAAACAAAAUUUUAAUCAAUGUUAUCGCAUUUUUAAUCGUUGGAUCGUGAUAAAAAUAUCUAUUCUGCACGGUUGUUAUACACUGUGUUGUAUUGUAUUCUAUGCUAUACAAAUAAUUACAAUUUCAACAUUUCCGGUAAUAUACAUAUAUAUAUAUAUAUUUAGUAUCAUGCACUCACGUUGCUGCUAACGAAAACACAAUUUUUUUUUUUUGAAUAUCGAAAAACUUCACAAAAAAAAAAACAAUAAAAAACUCCAGUUUUAUAAUACUACACACGUAUAUUAUAUCUCGGAUUUUUGGAUAAAUAUUCGUCAGAUUUUCGCGUUAAAAUUGUAUUCUUUUAAUAUUAAAAUCUAAUAAAAUUACAUCAAAAAUUACAAUACAUAAUAUUAUCGUAUUAAAUCGAUGAUAUACAAACACACACAGUUUCUGGGUUUUUUGUUAAUUUUUUUUUUUGUCUACCGAUGUCGUGAUUUUUUGACACAAAAAUCAUAACAUAAAUAUACGGUUUUUCGCUUUUAACCCCACUUCAAGGCCGUAAAAUAUAAUAUUUGUUUACUGCAUAGGUAUUUCCGUGUGAAUAAAUCAUACAAGUCGAUAAUUCGAUAAAAACGUGCGGUAUGGUUCUUUCUUUAUUAGAGUUUUUUUUAAAUUUUUAUUUGGUAGCUACGAUGUGAAUGAAAUUGUUAGACCAAACACAGGAACGCUGGAAUAUUAAGUUCAUCAUAAGUUGUAAUUAAUGGUAAAAAAAAAAUUGUGAUGAAGUAAAUGUAAUAGCGUUUAGUGUAAAUUUUGUACGUUCAAAUUUUGAAAAAAAAAAAAAAUAAUAGACAUUUAAAAAUAUAUUUAACCAAACUUCGUUCAAAACCGUAUUUCUUUAUCAAUGAUUUAUUGUUUCAUACAGAUAUAAAUUAAAUAUAUUUCUGUACCUUCUCAAUUUACCAUCUAUAACAGUAGCAUGACUUGGUUUUACAUUGAUGUUUAUUUUUUUUCCUCUGAACUACUUUUCUUCUAGAAAUCUUGCUCUGAUUUUUAAUUGUAUUACUUUUUCUGAAUUCAAAUUUUAUUUAGGCUGUAAUAUUUUGAUUUUACAAGCAGCUUUCAUAACAAUUGGGAAAAACGGGAAAAUUUACGAAAUGCAUUAUUUUCAAUUGUUAUUUUCUAACUGGAAUUCAGUUAAAAAUAUUCGUGAGAAAUUAAAAUUUUGACAAAAACUUAUAUUUUCGUUUUCUAAACACGGUAAAACUUUCAAAUCAUUUUAGCAAUUUUUGAGCUAUUAUCGAGUUUUUCGGGUAAUUUUUUGUUCGGUAGAUACUGUGUGGAUAAAAUUAUUAAACAAAACAGAAAUGCUUGACAAUUUAAUAGAAAGUUCAUUAAAAUUCGUACUUUGUGAUAAAAAAAAUAUCAAUCGUAAUGUAUAAUUUUUUUUUAAUAAGAAUUUUAGUAUUAAAUUUUGACGAAAACCUUAAAUUGUAACGUCCUUUGAAAACAUGUUUAACCGAACUUUGCUCCGAAUCGUUUUUUAUUAGCAAUGGUUUAUCGUUGGUCACAAGUUUAAACUAAAUAAAUGCAUCUAUACGAUUAUCCCAAUUAUCCACCAACAAUAGUGGCCACACCCAUUCCCAGUAUUAGUUCCUUUGAAAUCGUUGACGACUAUAUACGUAUCGUAAUUAUAAUAUUGGUAGUAUUAUUGUGACGUGCUCUUAAAAUAAUAUAUAAUUUUAAUGUGAUAAAAACUGCAAUUUGUACGGUACUUGUUGGUUUUAUCGACGAUUACAGGAACAUUAAAAGAUAUGUCGCGUUCGCGCGUUUACGUGAUAUCAUAAAUGGACGCGUCGUAAAAAUUACAACCGCGUAACACAGUUUACAAAUGUGAAUAGUUUUUUUUCGAGUAUAAAAUCCAACGGGUGUAAUAAAUUAAAACAUGCCCUCGCCCAGGAUUGUAAAAUAAAUUCAUCAACUAUUGGUUAUAUCAAAAGCCUUAAAUACAAAUUGUAAUUUUUCAACUAUACAUUAUAAUUCUAGAGUGUUGCAGAAGUAUAUAAUUUCUUUUAAUUCGAUAAGACCAAUACAUAGCUAAUUCCAAUGACCUAUGUCCAAAAAAAAAAGGACUAUGGGAGUGGUUUGAACCGCCUCAACUUACCCCCAUCUCUCCUUGCGCACGGGCUUGAAUUGAAAUAAUAAUAAUAUUAGUAUAGGCACUACAAAUGCAGUCUUGUUACUUUGUGUCGGGUAUUUGUUUCGUAUUACACGAGUUACGUUGGAGAUUAUUACUACACGGAAUUUAGAUUCUGAACGGAACGAUAAAUGCAUUGGUUUUACUAUGGAUUGUAGAUACUUUUAGUUAUUUAAUUUUGAAAAAAAAAAAAAUUAUAAAUCAUAAUUUAUUAAAAAUGCCAAUUCGUUAAUCGGGUCUUUCGUAUUUAACAAUCAUUAAUGCCGUAUUGCCCGUAUUAAAAUUUAAACAGAGAGUCACCGGCACGUGACGAGUCCAAAUCUGUAAUUAUAAAAUAUAGUUUUACCAUUAAAUUGUUUUAUUAUUUAAACUAAAAUAUAAAUUGAAAAAGAAAAUCACGAAUUUUAUACUUUAUUGAAAUCCGAGCGCUGGAGAAAAGUUUUUACUCCCCCCCUCCCCUCCACUUAUAAGUACUUUGGUUAUAACGGUCCAAGUAAAUUCUGAACAAUUUCAAACGAAUGACGAACUAAACUGAUCGUGGUAUUCGGAAACCCAAAGUUCAAAGGGAGGGAGGGCGAUUUUACGUGCGUUUAAAUUACCGAUAGAAUAAUGUGAGUCUGUUUACCAUUAUACCAGUAUAUGAUGGCGGGUUAUUAUUAGAUAUGUUUUAUUAAUAUUUCGGUGGAGGAAAAAUGCUUUUGCACCAUCUGUCGCGAUGGCGGCGAGUCGAUAAUGCGCUUCGCGUGACGAGGCCGCCUCACACACACACACACACACACACACACGUGGAACCGGGUCAAAAGUGCAAUAACGAAAUAAAAAAUACAUUUAUUUGCGUUUUUUGUACAAAUGUUCUCGGGGAAAAUCCGACCGGCUGUGCAAAGGACUCUGUUCGUGUUUCGAAAACUUUACAGCGCAGUGUAUAUUAUGUGUAGUAUAGUCAUUGCGACGGAAAUAAUAACAUAAACACGAAUAAAAACUUUACUAGACUUAUUAUUACACUUUUUACACUUUUUGGUCACAGCCGUUUCGGCUUUUGCUCGUACGCGUGAGACCUUUGACUGUAAUAUUAUCACCGUGAUAACAAUAUAAUAUAUACCAACUAUCGUCAUCCGUAUGUACAAUGAUAAAGUGGUAUACUGUAACGAGUGUAACGAAAUGUUUCCGCGUUCGCAAACAUAUAAUAAUAUGUUACCGGAAAUGUUGAUAAUUCCAGAUACGGUUAUAGGAAAUCAUUAAUAUCAUUGCCCUGGUAUCAUUUCCGUAGUUUUUGAGGCGAUAUUGUCGAAGCCGUUAUAUUUACCUUAAUCUAUACAAAGCUAAGUUACUCGAUUUGGCUCCUGUUUUUGGACAGACAGAUCGAGGAGCAGAAAACCUAAAGACAAUUCGCAUGGCAACAGAGCACAGAUCACAGAAUUUUAGGUCAAAUGCUCUAAAUAUUUUAAGUAACGCCGUCAAACGAUUUUGUAGAUAAUCCCUAGACCAUGAUCAAAAAAAAUAAAACCAGUAUACUAUUCUCCUUUCGGACAUUGCCAACAGACUAUUUACCACUCUUAGAUUCCGUCAGAUAAUAUUUUAAAUGUUUACAUUUUUAAACUCCCUAUACAAUUCUAAUUCUUUGAACAUAAUUAGGACACACAGUGUAAUGCAAAUGUACACUAUUCUAUCUAUUUUGUUACCUAUUUGUAUUAUACAAAUAUAAUCAUAUACAUCGAAUAACAAUCGUUUCAAACCCCCGAAAAUAUGAUAUUUUAGCGCUAUCGUUGGAAAAUGAUAACAAGUACCAACUUUAGAUGCAAUGCUAUGAUUUUCUUAGCGUGUUAGGAAUUGUCAAAUAUUUCCGGUAAUAUAUUUUAUUAUAUAUACUGUUGUCGUCAAAAGAACUACAUAUCUUGAACAUUGAAUAACUUAAAAAAAAAAAAAAAACCCCAGUCUAAUCAAUAAGGGUAUGGCUGAAUUCCAUACCUUAACUUAGCUUUAAAAACAAAAAUCUCCGUCAGGAUAUUAUUCUCCCUACUUUUUACCUACCUACGUCGUCAUUUAUAAAGUAAAAUAGUCCUUCGUGAAUCGUAAGACGUCGCCGCGUUCUCUCGGCCAAGCCCUAUUGUUGAUUAUAAUAUCGGAAAUAUCGCGGUAAUACCCGGUAUCUUCGACGUAAUUGCAACAGACGUCGGAUCAAACUUGGCCUUUUGACCCGAUAGCCAGGGAGUCGUAGACAGAGGUAUACGGCUAGGAUCGACAAUAUAUUAAUAUAUUAUGCGUAUUAUUAUGGUAAUAACCGGACAUCAUCUGAAAGCACGUUUUCCCGAGUUGGUGACGCGGAGUGACAUCGUCGCGCUGCCGUCAGAAUAAUCAGUCUCUACUAAAAUGUCACCAUCACUGUCUAUUUUUUCUUUCAUAAUAUAUAGUUUUAUGUUUCAGCCGUCACGCGAAAUUCGUUUACGAAUCCCUUACUCCAUAAUGUCGAAAACUACAAAAGUUAAAUACUAUAGAAAAGUCUUGCUUGUAAAACCGAGUGACCGUGAGUAAAACAACGAGCAGCUAAUUCCCAUGACUUUUAUUGUGUCCGAACUUUUGGGACGACUUACCGGUGUGGCAUUUAAACGCGUUAAAACAAAUAACUAUUUACCGUCUCAUAUAACCGUUUGAAAAACUUUCAGUUUUAGUCACCAAUGUCGAUUUACAGUGUAGUUUUAAUAUUUUAAAUGACAAAAUAUAUCGCAUUUGUCACAUUUAAUGACAAUAUUGCAGUCUUCCGUAUACGUAAUUAACAGAUUGGUUUCAAAACGAUGGAUUUUUUUCGUGCGUGUUUUGUAAAGUACUAACAAUUAUAUUAUAUAAAAUCGCACAUUCACUGACAUAAAAGUUCAGUUCUCUUUUAGUUGAAUAUGUACCUGUAGGUGAUUACUAAUAUACUAAUUACGUAAAUAUAAAAUUCAAUAUAAAAUUUAUUAUUUCUUCACAAUUUCACUUUGAUUUAGAGAAAUAUUAGUAUACAAUGCAACGCACAUGUAAUUCACUUUGAUUUAGAGAAGUAUUAGUAUAUAAUGCAACGCACAUUCCAUUUCGCUUUACAUUUUGAAUAUGCAUCGCACACAAGUUUCAAUACAGUAUGUUGUUUGAAUAUUAAUCAUUUAUCGAUUGUAUUUAUUUAAUCCAUCAUUUAAAUGCAUUCAGACGAUAUGGGUGUUUUGGUAUUUGGUAUGAAAAAGCACAUCGAAAUUUUACCCAUAUGAAUGAUAAACUCUUAAAAAGAUUAAAAUACAAUUAUAAUACUAUGUAUGGCAGUACAUGUGCGUCGACAUUUUUUUCUGUGACAAUUUAUAAUGAUAAUUGCACACUCUAAUAAGUUUUUGAGGAUUUUAAAUUGUUUAGGGUUUCUACGAGUAUUAACUUUCAAAUGCAUUAAAAUGUCUGUUACAUUUAUUAAGCCAAUAAAUUAACCUAAAAAUAAAAUAUUUAUACAUCAUUAAGUCAUAGAAUUUGAUAUAUGUUUAAAAUACGAAAUACGAGUUCCUAUGUCUUCAUUUGGAACUGUAUAUAUGAUGAAUGUGUUGUGUACUAUAUUCGCAUGACUUUUACAAUUUAAUUCAAUACAUUUUUUAUUUACACUCAAAAUACUUAUAAUAAUAAAAAACACAACGAAAAUACAAACCCUAAAGACGCAUUGAUGUUAUUCGGUUUGGUAUACGAUUGGAUAGUUCAUUCCACGGUGACGGCAGAAUGCUAACUCAUCGUUGUCCGUUGAGGGUGACUUAAGUGUGGAAAAGUGAGAGUACCACCGGUGAAAAGAAAAAUGGGCGUGGUUUUCUGAUCAAUAACAUUUUGACGUUAUCAGAAAAAAAAAAUCUGUUUUCUUAAAGUAUUGGGUAUAAACAUAAAAUAUUAUUGUUUCGCGAUUUCAUUCUUAUAUGAAUUUAGCUACUUCACUUAAAUCGUUAUAAACAGGGCUGUACAUAAAAGGGGAUUUUGAUGGUUCAACCUCCGUCUAUCGAAAUCUAUUCGUGUUAUAUCAUGUUGUUGGAAAAUAAUUAUUUAACUCGAUAAAAUUAGAAAACCGCGCACUCAUAGUUUAAAAUCCCCUAUUGAAAUUAUUUUCAAGUUAUACGGCCAAUGGUAACAAUAAUGGCAACAUCAAUGAUAAUACUAAUGAUAAUAAUAAUUACGAUACUUUAUGUUAUCGAAUAAUAACAAUAAUGUAAUUAUUAACCGGAUUCAUUCAUCUCUAUUUUAAUAAUUAUAAAUAGAAGAAAAAAUCAAAUAUGUAUGUCGCAUCCACUCAGUGAAAUCGCUAUUUAAUGAACUGAAUAUCCACACAGGGAAAUUCGUCCAGAUCGUGAAUUUUGACGAAAAUACAAUAUGGACAUCCAUUUCAUCAAAUGGACAACACCUACAAUUAUUGUACACUUUGUGUGUAAAUAUUAUAAAACAAAAUGUUUUAUUUAACAAUAAAUUAUAUUAUAAACCUCUAUACUUUUCUUUAUCGUCUUAAACAAUACUAUUAAUUUAAUUUUUGUAUUUGAUAUUUAAUUCGAUUAAAACAAUAAUUAAUAAACUAUACCUAUAUAUUUUUCUUCCUUAUUAUUUAUUUUUACAUGACAAUUGAUUAUGACGUCGGCUGUUAGCAUAUUAUUUUUGAAACAAACACACCUACUUAAUUAGCUAGGAAUUUUCGGCUUACACGAACAAGACAAAAGUCCUCACCCUCCUGAAAUUUUUUUAAUAAUUUCUCUCACUGAAAAUUCAACAUUUUCAUCAAUUUAAUAAUUAGUGACAAAUUUAAUUGUUGAUGUGUUCAAACAUUCACAACUGAACCAUCCUUUCAGUAAACCAUAUUUUGUUCCAAUUGUAUACAAUCCUUUUUUUUUCUUUUGUCUGUGAUCACAGAAAUUAUGAUUGUAAGAUCUGUGGGUCCCCUAUCAACUUUCGGUACACCGAAUACAAUGCACUAGUUAACUUCAAAAUCGAAAGUUCUUUUCAUUUUUCAGUUUAUAUUAAAUUUAAAUUAAGAUCUGAAAAGUAAAAGUACAUUAUAACUGUAUUUUAUUAUCUACCUUGUUCAUUUUCUCUACGGCUAUAAUUUGACCUUCAUGUCCACGUUCACGUUGAAUUUGUAUUUUUUUACUUGAGUCGCAUAAUUGACAAAUGAUUUCAUUAUUUUCAGCUUUACAAAUACUGCAGUCAAUUAAGCGUUUUUCAAAUUACCUUAUUUGAAAUAUAUAUUCGAUGUCUUCUUCCGUUGUUAAUUUCUUCAACAGAUGGCAAAUUUAAUGUACUUUGUUCAUUUUUCGGAUCAUGCCCAAAUAAAGUUUUAUAAAGGCUACGUUCUAUAACAACCCGCAUUGAAAUUGGCAAUGUUUUAUAGUAGAUUUUAUUUUUAUCCGUUAGAAUUAAGCCUAAAAAAGCGAUUUACGUUUAUAUCCUGUACGUGUCAAAACAGCGGUCGCUCGUAGGGUGGCAACAUUAAUUUUGAUAUGUUUAAGGAUUCUCCCUCGGUGAAAUAUUAAUCGCGCUCGUGUUAUUAUAUACAUAUACAACGGUACCUCGGUAUUUUUAAAACCGUUAAAUCGAUAUAUUAUUAUAAUAUUUUAGGGGAGGACCGAAUUUGUUUCGAACGUCAUCAUAUUGUGUCACGACCAUAAUAAAACUCACUGGCAGCCGUCGGUGAAACGUACGGGCCGAAAUGCGAAUGUGUUUUUUUGUGCACUCGGGAGAAAAAAAAUAUCCACCUAUUAUAAUGUUCGUCAAACCGGGUUACGUAGCGAAAAAUGCAUUUUACACAAUAUUAUUGCAUUCGAUUAUAAACAGACAGCGUAAUAUUCGAUAGACGUCAAAAUAUUAUUGUACUCGUAUGUUUAUAAAAUGUUCCGCGGACAAAUGUCAGUGGUUAGCUUGUUCGACUGAAUGGUUCAGUAUUUCAAAUUGACGUGUCAUCAUUGUAACAACUGCGUGACGAUGAUUUCUUGUGGGUAAGCGCAGCGUUUAUGAAUUUCAAGUGUCCUGCAUAUUCGAACCCGAUAAUUGUAAAUUUAUUUUCCCGCCUUUACGUAAAUACGCGAAUUCGUAAAUUUCCAAAUGGCUCCGGUAUUCGACAAUCAAAAGGAAGUCGCGACAUUUAGAUAGAGGGUCGUUAAUAAUUUAACGCCAAAUGAAAAAGGUAAGUAGAUAAAACGCGUAUUUUUCGUAAAAUUAUUUCGUACCGUCGUUGAUCGCGUAAUGUUGCACGUGUCCGACGCGGAAAACGGUAAUUUUUAUCUUACGAAAACCAUGGCCAAUGCCGGUAAACACGAGGGAUGCAGAUUUCAUUCGGAUCAAAAUUGGUAGCGAAUGGUUCAGUCAUCGGAACUCAAAAAUAAAUCAAUAUGGUAUUCCGAAAUAAGAAUAACACUAAAACGUAUUUUAUUUUGCAUUCCAUAACUAUACCGCCGUCUAAAGCUUUGGACUGUUUCAUAGACGAUUAAAUGGUUAUCAAGCCGAAAGACAAUAUAGAUAACAUAGACAGGGUUCGACUAUAUUUUUUGGAAAUUUGAAAAUUUUAUGAUCAUUGAUUGUAUCGAUGAAAUAACUCGACUGGAAUGCAUAUAAAAAUGUGUCUCAGAAAAUUAUCUUUAAUUUAAAUUCUAAAAACGUAAGCACACAUUUAUGAUUUAUGCAUGAUUUUGUUUUUGUUUUUUUUUUUUUUUUUUUUUUUUUUUUUGUCUAACUUUAAACUAUCGGGAAUCGCUCGGAAAUUGACAUUUUUGUAAAAUGGAAACCGUUUCGGAAAAAAGGAGCCAAACGGGCUAUAUGUUGUUUUUUUUUUUUUUUUAAUCACAAAUCGGGGUUUAUUUUCGAUUGAAAUUAGCGAAAGAAUGAAGACUUUGAGUCGAAGCAAUUUUACUACUACAAUAAAAUACGAUCAUAUUUUAUAUUGGACAAUCAGAAAUCAUAAUUUUACAGUGUAAUUUAAACCAGCCAAUGCGAACAGCGUAUUUGGAUAUGGUGCUAGAACUCUAUAGAUACCUCUAAGUACACCACUCGGACUCUUCUGGUAUAUUUUAGUCUUGGUUUUUGUCGAGAUGGACGUGGAGUGAUCGUCGUACGAACUACAAUAUAAAAGCGUAGGUAUAUAAACGGUACACGACACUACCGUAUCCAUUUCCACCACGACCUAGUUAAUUUUUUUGCCCCACCUCCCUCCUCGCAUGUGUAUAUUAUAUACGACCGAGUUUUUUCUUUACAUUUUUACUCUCCUUUAGGUCUGACGAGAAAAAAUAAACUCCCAUUCGUCAUCUCUGGCGGGGCUUGUCAUGAGUGCCUACCUACUUCUCUACAAUAUCCCUCGUCACUAUAGCCCCCAGCGUUGCCGACCUUUAACGAAUCUCCGUGUACAGAAAACACUGCAGCGAGCUUUUGUGCCAUUUUUUUAAUUUUUUUCCGUACAAUAAUUAAAACCGCGAAUUAUUAUACCUAUAUACUAUACACGCGAGUGUACGUACGGGUCGGCUUUAAUUAACAUCGGGGAAACGCGAAACGAUUAUUCAAUGCAUAAACCAGUCAAAAGCGUAGAUACGUGCGAGUUUUCAAAAUUUUCUGUGAGUUUUGAAUACCCGUUUAAAAAAAAUUGGUGAAAUAAGAAUCUAAGGAUCUAGUAGGUUGUAAUGGCGGGAAGGGUACGGCUGAAAAAUAUUUCGAAAAUAUAACAAACAUAAUAUAAGUACAUAAAGUAGAUAUAUUUUUAAAAAUCUUAGCAAAUAUUAUAUUAGUAAGUAUAAAAUAUAAAGUUAGUUUUUUUUUUUUUUUCAACUAAUAUCUUAAACCUUCAUUCGACAUUGCUAUAUUGUCUUGAAAAUCUAUCAUUGACAUCGUUGACAUAUAUAAUAAAGGAAUGCGUGAAACUGCUAAUACGUUCAGUCUUUUCAGUAAUUUUUACGUCCGAAGAUAGAGGGGGUCAAAAUUUCCUUAGUCCUUCAACAUUAAAUCCACGGCCCAUGGAAUACGAUUGACAAAAUUAAAAAAAAAACUUCAAACUCGAUAAACCAUCCCCGUAAUUUUUAGCCUGAUGAUUAUUUAUGAAAUUGUAGUUUUAAUUACAAUCCGAUAUUACUUUUUCCUGUAGAAUAUUCGGAAUUGGUACGUGAAUAAUUAUGAGAUUUUGGAUUUCGAAAAAAAAAAUAUUUAAAAAAUACUUAUCGCUCUGUUACAGAUGUUUCUAACUGAGUAGUCAGAAACUUCGGAGUGUGUGAGUACCAACCCAUGGUGCGAUGUAUGCUUGCCAUUUUUUCCCCUCGUCUUUCGGCUUGAGGUCGGGCUAAAGUUCGUCUCGCCCGAUCCGUAGUCUCAGCUAUGCUCAUCAUCGUUAUUCUUUCGGUCAAUAACUCGAGAACGCUAUAUUUUAAUACGCCGAGCGUACCUAAAGAAAACCCUAGCAAAUCUAGUCCCAUAUAUUAUGUAUACAAAAACAUUUUAUUCUAACGCAGCAUUCUAUAGAUUUUUCUGUAUUAUUCGUUCCGUUCAAAAACGAACAAAUACAUAAACAAGGCUUUACAGAGUGAGACCUAAGACUGGGGUGGUACUUUAAGAAUUUUUUUCCCAAAAUAAAUGUGAAAAACCAGGAAAAAACAUGGGAAAAAUGGAAAAAAUCGUAAAUAUUAUAACAUUUCAAAACAUGUAUAACCAACCUCCGUACAGUAUCGUUUUUCGUUAGCAAAGAUUAAUAUUUCUGUGUACAGAUAUGUAUAAGAUUCCUUUCUACAUCCUACCCUCCAAACUUCUCACCUACAACAGUGGCCCAUCAAUCUUACAAAGUAUGUCCGGCUUUUUAUAUAUUAUUAAUUAAUAUAUUACGGUUAAUAUUAUUACAAUAUAUUCAAUUUUUAAUUUCUUUUUUUUCCAUAGGAUUUUUUCUAGGAAGGGUCAUAAGUAUAUUAAGAAAAAAAAAUUAAUUUAGAUUAUGAGGUACUAUCACUUAUUUACUAAAAAAAAAACUUUUUGUUUUGUAAACUUUUCGAAAUUCUUAAAAUAAUCGAUAUGUAACAUAUGUUAUUCUAAAAAUUGUAGUAUAACCUACGUGCAUAAUAUCCGAUUAACGAUUGUCUCUUAGUAAUAGCCGUUUUAAUUUCUAGAGAAGUAGCGUAAAAAUAUAUGAUAUUAUUUAAUUCAAAUCACGCGUCAGGAACACAAAAUCCGACUGGAACAUCAUGUAUACAUGUACGACAUAUAUUAUAAAAUUGUUUGACUGAUAUUUAUUCCGAUUGUUGAUCCUUUUUAAGAAUUUCACAGCAUUUCUAUAAAUGAAAUAUUGUUAUAUAGUUACUGAUUAUCAUGUACGAGUUUUAAUAUUGAAUCGUGUAUACUUUGUUAGGUUUUCGUGUCGGGGUUGAUGAAUAUUAUUAUAUUAUAGGACUUCAAUGGGUCUACGGUUAUAUUAUCAUAAUGUAAUCACCGAGACUCGAUUACACGAAUAAGCCGGACUGCGCGGCACUUAUAGAGAAUAUCAAAUAAUAUGUUUAUAAUAUAUACGGGACUAGAUUAUACAAAUAAUACAAAACCUCGGUGUUUUAAAUUUAAACUGCGAAAAGGUAAAAAAAAAAAAAAAUGAAAACAUAUACAAUAAAAAUAAUUAAAAAAGCGAGUACAUCUGAGGGUCGGUCUGAGUACGUUUUAAAGGAAUUUCCGCCGUCGUGAUACGAACUUGCGGCCUGCUACGGUGAUAGGAUUUUUGAAAAAAAUUAUUUUUUUCGCACAAUAAUAUUAUAACAUAACUUUUUUUACGGUUUUUUUUUUUCUAUUAUUGCGUAUACGUACUAUACACACAUAUGAGGACCAAUAUAUGGAUACUUGUUGGAAUAACAAUAUUUAAUGAGAGAAGCCCGACGUGGCGCAGGUCUCUCAUCAUUGACCUCGUAUACGGUCAUAAUAUAUUGAUAAACACACCACUUCCCCCGACCCCCAUCGACCCCUUAAUUUCGUAUUUAACUCCCUACGUUAAUGACAAGGAAUUUUUAUUUAUUUUUUUUAUCUAUCAAGUGUUAACUCGUAAUUUAACAUCUUAACCCGAAAAUCUGUUUCAAUAAUAGAGUGCUAUUCAAUUUUAAGCCGAUUUUUUAAUUUUUAAUUAAUUUUUUUUCAGGUACUUAUUUUUUGCUCUACGAUUUUGUCGAUUUCUUCGAUCGACAAAAGGCAACGGCUCUGCCCAAGGCGAAAUUCGAGCAAAUCAUCAACGUGAUAUUCAAAGACCGAACGCAGCUGGAAAGGGACGCUAUUAUAUAUCAGGUGAGUGUUAAAAAUUUAACCUUGUCGUAGACACUCACCCGACGAAGAAUUCAACUACAGUUGCGGUACCCAUCUACAUUAUAGCUGUUCGGAUAUAUGAGUACAAUACUGGUUGUGUAUAUGAAUAUUCUAUUGUGAUGGGAUUUUUUUUUUUACUUUUUUCAGACACCUAUUAUUUAUGUAACGUCAUCAUUACGGAAAGUUUUGUGAAACUCCAAUUAUUAAAACUGCUACUACGCACGUAUAGUAAUAAUCCGAAACGCGUAAAUAUUUUAAAGCCGGCAUUAGGAAUGUUUCUUAUUACGCGCGCACUCGACACUCGUAUAUAAUAACGGGCCGCAUUAAAUAUGCGAAAACAAAUGAACAAAAAUGUAAAUAUUAUACGUUCUCUGUACACUAAACACACGAUUGUACGGGUGCAAGUGUAACGGUUUUGUGCGGGGAUCCUGAUAAGUUUUGCACAGAAAAAAAAAGCUUCACGGGGAUAAAUAUUAUAUUACAAAUCCGGCGAAUAGGAUGACGAUGAUUUUCAAUCAUCACACCGCGUAAUUUACUUUAAUAACAAAAACCGCCAAACCGUAUUCGAUUUUCAUUUUUUCUCUAUCCUAAUCCAUGCUCCAUGCUCUCGGGACCGAGUGGGUUCCGUCACAAGUUCUCGGACACACUCUGCAUAGCUUUUCGGUGUGGUUUUUCUCUCGGGCUCGUUCUCGUCAACUAUCUAACCUAGAAAAUCAUAUCGAUCGCUAUACUACAUUAUACUGGAUAUUAUGUUAAUUAUUAAUAUAUUACCUGUACGUCGUUAAUUCAACGAUGCGUUAAAUUGCAGUAUUCGGGAUUCGAAAAAAAAGAAGUGGACGACGUGUACUCCAAUCAAAGACUGUUGAGUGACGUGGUAGCGGAUUACUUUUUCGUGUGCCCGACCAAUUUGUUCGCCAACAUCGUGUCGAGUCGGGGCGCUCGCGUGUAUUAUUACUUCUUUACGCACGUAAGUAUAAUAAUUAAUAGGAAACAUAGUCAUCGGAAAAUAUGAUUAAACGAGUAAAGCAAAGUAGUCAAUAGAGGUAUUUUAACGCCUAUUUUAAAUAUUUACACGCCAUCGAACCGUGUUAUACGUACUUUACGUCCGAGCGAUUCCAUUCGAAUCGGAGGGGAAAAAAGUGUUUGUAUCCCGAGAGUAGAGUAUAUCGAGAUUUUGUAUAUUUUGCCGAAAAUGUUGACAAUUUCUAUAGGAAGUGAAAAUGCGGUAAGGAUAUGAUAUCACAGUCUAUAUAUUAUAGUUUAAUUGUUAUUUCCUAUCGAUACCGUGAAUUAACGGUUACUGGCUGAGAUUAUAUUAUUAGGACAUCCGACAUUGGGUAUUAUUUUUUAUUACAUUUUUGUAAUACAAUAUUUCUUUAUCACGGUCCAGUAAUUAUCUACGAAGAUUUUGAGCGUGAUCGAUUUUGGUUUUUGUUACCAGUCGUUAUAGAAUGUUAUUUAUAUUAUUAUCAACAUCGCAACCAGAAUGCCGUUUGCAAUCGCUAAUUCCCGAAGAGUCACUAUUAGAUUUUCUGCUUGAUUUACCGGCUUUUAAACAGAAGUCAGGUCGUGUAAUUUGACUUUACGUGUAUUUAUUUUUGUUCUUGCAAAUAAAUACAUUAUAAUAUAAGUGUUUCAAUAAUAUUAUCUAUUAAACUACGAAAAUGAUAACAAGUAGUAUUAGUGAUCAUUGAUACCAUUUCCUAAAGUACUAUGGGAGAAUUUAACGUUUUCUAAAUUGUCAACAUUUCAGGUACGCAUACAAUUUAAAUGCAUAGACUCGUGAAAUUGCAACUAGUGUGAAAUCUUGACCUGCAAAAAAUCGAGAGAAGAUCAUAUAAAAUUAAUAUUAUUUACUCCCAAUCGAAAGAUCGAAGGUCGUGAGUAGAGUGAUAAAAUGAUUUUGGCGUGUAUUUUAAUAUUUUAUCAUACGCUAGCAGUGUUGUAGUUGCAUAGUCAUGAUAAAUUACUCGACUUAUUGACGAUAAACUCUAAUUUUCGACAGGCAGUUAAUCACCUAUGAUAUAUUUGUCGACGAAAAAAGUAAAUUAUUCUUUAUACAAAACUACACCUUAGACCGCGUUGUUUUCAAAAGAAUCACCAUAGCUACUGUCCCUGAAAAACGUGAUAGUAUUUAAUAGUCACCAUAAUAAAAGCCAUUCUCGUUAUUGGAUUCGUACAGAUGGUACCUAAAUAUUUCGAAUUUAACUACCUAAUUACUGGCGGGUAUUCAUAUUCAUUAUUUAUUCGCAAUCCCGGACAACUGAGUGAACCUACCUAGUUUUAUAAUAUUUCUGCGGUAUAAUAUUAUCGUUGCAGAGGACGAAUACACAUAUGUGGGCCGAGUGGAUGGGCGUGUUGCACGGUGACGAGAUGCAAUACGUUUUCGGUCAUCCGCUGAACAUGUCGAUGCCGUACAACGCCAGGGAGAGAGAUUUGAGCAUACGAAUAAUGGAAUCGUUCACCAGAUUCUCGUUGACCGGGUAAACAGUGUUGCGUUUUUAUCUAGAUAAUAGCGUAGAAUAAGAAAAGUAUAAUUUUGUAUUUUUAAGUUAUUUUAUAAGAACAGUAUAAUAUGAGUAAUCUGAAAUUAAAAACUCACAUGUUUCGAAAAAACCAUUUCUCAAAAAAAAUAGUAAAGGGUUUUCCAAUAAAAAAAAUAAAUCAAAAAUGCAUUUUUCUUAUACAAUUCAAAACUGACGAAAACCUUAAGAUUUCACUCGUGAUCUAUAUUUUUUUUUUUAGACUAACGUUUAGAACAUGUGAAUUUUCAUACUAUAGACAAUUUUGUGAUUUUUAAAAUACGAGUUAAAUAGGGUUCAAUAUCAACAUUUCCACGAUUCAAUAAAACUUGUUAGUUUUUUACAUCUACCGCUACAAUAUCAGGUUGAAUUUAGACCUGUUGUUGUGCGUUUUUAAAAUGAUUAAUUACAGAAAUAAAUUCGGAAAUUAAACAGUUCCCCGUUUCCCCCCUUUUUAUAUAUAUACGAUUUUUAAUUAUAUAACUUAAAGCGCAUAUAUUCAUUACUAUUUCUGACUGCGGCGAGUAUAUUCAAUAUUCACACUGUAUCUAUAUCGAUAACAUACUCGCAUUUAACAUUCAUACACCCUGUAGUGAUGGCGUUAUAAAAGUCUACGCGGACGGAAUCGCGGGUAACGGCUAUAGUAUUGUAACAUAGCAAUAUAAUGUAUUAUGCAAAAGUCGAGUUGCCGAGAAUCCGAAUUUCGAGACUAGUAUAGAAAUUUUAAUUUUUAAUCUCGAAACGGUUUUAUCGUCGAUUUCGUUUUUUUACUAUCGUCGAAUGUACGUUGAAAAUCCAACAUAAACCGUACCACGUGUAACGCACUAGUAACGUAUCAAAGCGGGUUUUGUAUAAGUACCCGUACAUAUGCUUGUAUAGUCCGUAUAGUUUACCAUAAAACAUAACGACAUCAAAGAGAAAAUACGGUUGAAAACUAAAAAGGCAUACACCUAUGUAUUAUAUUGUGACGAAAACACCGCGGUUACUGGCCGGUAGUUGCAAUAUUAUUAUGCGCUGCAGUGCUGACAAGACAUAGGUAACUAACCCCCUUUAACGCCUAAUUGUAUAUUUUAUAUUUUGGAACGUAAUAUACACAUAUAUAGGUGGUUAUGUCUUGGAAGAAAACCGAAAACCUUUUAGUCGUGAAUAAUUUAUUUUAGACCCGAAAGGUUUUAUUGUAUGAAGGGGGAAAAAAUCUGAUUACAACGUGCAGGCUACACGGUAAAAUGAAAUAAUGGUAUACGGUUUCAAAUGGAAUUCUGUAAGAAAAUGAAAUAUUAUUUGAGUAUGAAUAACGGGAAGGAGGAAGGAAAGUUAACGCACAAUAUAAAAAAAAAAAAACUAAGUCUUCGUUGGCGUGCAAUGAUGAAUUAAACCACUGAAAAAAAAAAAAAACCAGAAUUAAUCGGUAGCGGUCACGACGUCUUAAAAGGCGGUAAUCCUGCUAUAUAAUAUGCCGACAGCGGAAGAAUCGAGCGAUUAGUUUGAAAUCGUCCGACAGACUUACGAAUUACUUCGUUUUGUUUAAGUUUUUAUUUUUUUUCAUACUGUGACCUCAAAAUACCGAGGUCCUGUUUUAUAAUAUUAUAUUCUGUCGAGCGUACACCUACCAAUACAUACACAUAAUCGUCAGUCGUCACUCGAUUUCGGGACCUGUCGUUCGUGGGCGACUUAUCGAUUUUUUUUUCUCCCCAUGAACAUUUUUACCGUUCUAUUUGGAUUUCCUGUGAGGUUAAGAAUCCGACCCUUCACCUCCCCCGCGUCCGGCAACAACGAUGUUAUAAAAUACUAAAACUAAUCGUCUUUAUAAAAGUGUCGUCUCGACGCCAUCGCAAGGAUUAAAAUUAAUAGUGGCGACAGUGUUUUAUACUACACACUAAAUGCAUAAUAUUGUACUUUUAUGUAAUAUCAUGAUGCCCUUGACGUCAUCUCGAACGUUUAAAUCUCGAAAAUCAAAACGCCGGACGGACGUCCGAUGGAUUUCAAACGUAGUAAAACGCAAUAGAAUUUCAGUGAAAAAUCUAAACCUCCUUAGCUGCCAUCGCCGCUGCACACAAUCUACGGAUUUUUCACCCGAUUUCUUCUUGACCUACAUAAUAUAAUAUUAUUGCAGAUGACGAUUGUUUGGUUUUUCGAAAAUUUCUCUCGUUUUUGUCAGCCCGCCGGCUAGCUAUUCGAGUUAAAUAUAUAUAACCAAUAUCAAACAAAUCAGACGUCGUCGUCGGUUUUAUUUAUCGUGUCAACACGACGAAGACGACGACGGCGACGAUGACUGUGGAAAAUAUCAAAAACUUUUUUUUUUUUUCAUUCCAUCGUCAUUGUCGUCGUUCUCGUCGAUGCGUGGGUAUUUUAUAUAAUAUGCGUACGAUUUGGAAACGAGUGGGUACAGGGGAUUGGCCGGGACUUAUAGAAGGGCGGUCGGGGUAUCCCAAGAGUUAUAAAACGGUUUUGUAAAUAUUAUUCGCGGGCAAUGUUUGUUUCGCGCGAUCCAGACCGGAAAUUGAUUUCGCCGACGCCGCCGGUUCCCGGGGCACCGCAGCCGAAUAAGAAAAGUCCUGCGAAAAUAAAUAACUUGAGAUUAUUUUAAAUAAUUCAUCCGGUCGAAGAAGCGCACGAAACUCUUGUACACAAAAACGAACCUGUGAAAACAUGAAUACCUAUACCAUCCAUGUGUUUUCGAACAAACGUAAAUUAAUUAUUACAUUAUCAUUAUUAUUUAGAGUAGACACUAGGACAAUCACAUGCUCGAAGUCACAGAAAAUUUAACUAGUCAAAUUAUGGCCUAUUAAAUCAUCAAUUAAUUUUAGUUAUUUCAGCGUCGUGACGUUAUCUUCAUUGCGAGCUUAAUGAACAUUGUGUAGAUAUUAUAUUAGUGUUUUUCGAUUUUUAUAUUAUUGAUGAAUGGUUUUUAUUUAAUAAUUUUAAAAUGUUUUCAAUAUCCUUAUCUCUAGAAAGUUCUAGUCAAAAUUAAAAAAAAAAACGUCCUAGAAUAAUGGGGACGGGUGCAGCCACUGUUAUAGAUAAUUUAAUGUACACCUGUAAGCAACGAUAAACCAUUACCUACGAUAAAACGAUUCUGAGCAGAGUUCAGUUGAUAGUGAUGCUUUUUCAACGAUAUAUAUAUGUAAUUUUAUAGUAAAAUAAUUAAAUAGGCUUUAUAUAUUUUCUUAAAUAAUAUUUAUUUAAUAUUGUACCGAUUUUUCCAGUUUUCCAUAGUUUUUUCCGGUUUUCCCAUGUUUUAUCCCAGUUUUUGCAUUUUUUGAGAAUACUCUUGAGAAAAUCAGUAUAUGACCUCCUUAAAGUAUUUUCCAUGCCGUCUUUCUUUCAGAAAAAAUGCUUCACAUAAAAAUCCGAGCAAGUUUUCUAGUAAAAAAAUUACGCACAGGUAAAAAAAAAAACAUCUUUGUAAAACUAUAAGCUUUUUCGCUCCACUCAGAAUCAAAAAUCUUAAAAUGCUGCACUUGAGAUUUAAGAACACAUAAUUUUAUUAGGUAAUAAUUAUGUAAUUACUUUCGUAGACUUACAGAAAUCUUGCGACAAUGUGAAUUGGAAAAAACUCAUUAGAUGUAUAGGAGCUAUUGACAUAAACUAGAAUGAUAAAAGGAUCAUAAUAUUAUAUAAUCCGUAAAUCAAUGUAAUUGCAAACAGAAAGGUCUUAUCCAGGAAGAAACUAGAACCGCUAAUGGUGUAAGAUAGAGGUAUAGUAAUUUACCACACCUACCUUAAUCAAUCUAUAUAUAGAAGAAAUGUUGAGAGAAAAGACUGAAAAAAGAGUAUUGAAGGGAUUAAGUUAGGUGAAAUAUCCGUAAAAAUGCCAUGUUUUUCCGAUUAUAUUUCAAUAAUUGCAAAAAAUGGGAAAGACUUAACCAAUGUAAUGUUCACCACAUGACAAUAAAUCUGCGGAACACUAAAGAACUUGUGUAUAACAAACAUCAGAUAUAUGCCGAAAAAGUCUUAGAUGGUAUAAUAUUACAUAAAGUACAUAUUUGUACUUACCUAGGUAAAAUCGUACGUGACGGGAAAAUCUAUAGAAAUACAAUAAGUAGAAUAGCGCAAGCUAAACAAUCAUUCAAUAAAAGAGGAAUCUUUUAUCGUAAUCGUAAAAGGUUUUGUGUGUAGCGUAGCUACAAAUGAAGCAGUAAUGUUUAGUAUUCUAAAGACCGGGAAUCUCAAAAUAGGAGACUUUCCAGUAUCCAGUCCUCGGAUAACCACACUAAUAGAAGGGAAAAUAAAAGGUUAACCAGAAAAAUGAAGGCGUUUCAUGAAAUAAGUAUUGGAAUAUACAGAAAUUAGAACAUAAAGGGAGCUUAAAUGCUUAAAAAAGCUACAAACGACUGGGAAAAAUGGAGAAAGACAUCAUUUAUCAUUCAGCCAAUUGUAUGAUUGAAAAACAAAUACAUUAAUAUUCUAAUAUUUUAAACGCCGCAAGUUCCUUCGGAUAGGUUUACAUAAUAUAUUAUACAUUGUAUAUUAUACAACAAUGUUAUUGUCACGAUAUUAUUAUUUUCUUUGUUUCACGGACUAUAAUUGGAUUCUAUAUCGUCUCUGCAGAGGUAUACCACACCUGCGCCCAAGGAAUUUAAAACGGAACAUGAUAUAUACUUAUAGUACACACACACUGAGUUUUGAUUAAUCGUCAGUCGCACCGUUUACUCGUAUUGUAUACGACGAUUAUUCACACGGGCAGCACUUCGGGGGAGGGAGGAGAGGGUAGAGUGUGCAACUAUUCUGCUUGCGGAUUAUUGCUCCCCUUUUAUAUUUAUACUUGUCGAUGCAUCUUAAAAUAUGUCUGGUCCAUAGAUUAAAUUUAGUUCAAAUUAAAUAGACAGUAGAAUUUUGUUGAUGAGAUCAUUUCUAUAAUAAUUGGCCAAAAUGAUUAAUUCUGUAAACAUGUCUAUGCUAAUAAGGCUUUUCGAGUCACCAUUUUACAUUUACUUGUGAUUUAGUUGUUUAUUGUAAAUUUCUAAUACUAAGUGAAAAAUUUAGACAAUCUUUGCUCGGGACCAACAAAAUGUUUUAAUCCAAACUAUCUCAAACCCCUUCUUAUUAAAAAAAAAAAAAAAAUCGUGUAUAAAAAUUGUCUGUGUUAAACACGUCCGAAAAGAUAUUACACCUGCUCUUACAAGAGACUAAGGAACAUUUGUCGGCGGUAGAAUUACCAAACAUCCAAGGCAAAAUCCCGAACGAUACUUUUAUUUUAUCGGGCUGCACUUAUUGUGUCGCAUUUCAGAUUUUACUGGAAAAUACUGGGUAAUGCAGUUAGUAAAUUAUAUAUAUAUAUAUAUAUAUAUAAAUGAAUAGUAUAUACGUAUACGUAUAUUAUAUUCGAAUGGGAAAAUACUUUUGAGAGAACGUCUCACCCGUGUCUACUGUAUCAAUCUAAUUAUUAAUGGACAACAUAGCAAAAUAACAUUACACAGAACGUACAUUUAGGCGUUUAGGUUGAAAUUAUAAACAAAUUUUAAAGAAGAGAAUAUUUCCGAAAAACGUGGCGUACGAAAAUAAUACAGCCAUUCAAGGAAAACAAAAACUAACUUGGGUAUAACUUUUGCUGUACAAUUUUUUAAAACAGCAAAACUACUCGAAAAUAAUUUUGUUAUUUGUGUUUAAAAAUAAUUUUAACCUAAACGCCACUAAUAAACCUAAUUAUGUUAUGUUGCCUGUUAGUAAAGUCAGACUGAGACCGUAGAUGCGGUUGUGGCCGUAAAUGACCCUUCGUGAUAACAAUAAUAAUCACGACCGUGAAAACGUAUCCAGUGACCAUGUGUAAUAAAUUUAGUACAAUAUAAUAUGUUAUUAUUUUAUUUUAGAAUACCUGUUUCGGAUGAUAUUGUUUGGCCAUUGUACAACGAAUCAAAACCGGUAUACCAUGUGUGGAAUGCGGAAGAACAGAACGUGGGUUAUGGGCCAAGAGCGACAGAAUGCCAAUUCUGGAACGGAUUUUUCCCAAAAAUAGGUAUUUAUAUUGACUCUGUUCUGAAAACAAACGCACAUUUUUGUUACAUGGAGAAUGAUAACAGUCGAAACUGGUGACAAUAAGGUUUUAGAUUCAUUGUGCAGAGAAAAGUCGAACGUGAAAAUGGCACCAAAAACUACAGAAUAACUUUGCGUAACUAUAGUCAACAAAUUUUUUCCUAAACCUAAACCCCGUACCUCAUCCUAAACAUCAACCUCGACCUAAACAGUGGAUUAGUAGAUGUUAGGUUGAAAUAUCGAAAAAAUUGCUAGAGACUAUAUUACACUAUGACUUUUUGUUCCAACCGGGACUGAUAUAGUUCUAUAAUGCACCCACAAUCUAACCACAACCAUCAUCGUCCUCAACGCCGACUUCAAACUCGUUUUCGUUACAAUAACUAAAUCCAUUUUACUGUAAUACGAAACGUUUUACAUAUUAACAUCAAUACCUACAUAAUAUAAUACUGACAAAAUUGUGUUUUUAUUUCUUUGAAUAGCGCAAACUUUGAACGACGCUUCGAAGGGCAACUGCGAAUAUUAUCAGGAACCGAUGCCCACGACCGACGAAAAUUGUACCGCGAUCGUACCGACUUCUGUAGCGGCCGGCACCAGACAAUACGCCGUUUUCUCCGUCAUUUUCAUCUUCGUUCUGCCGGCGGCGCACGGGUUGCAGUUCUAAACGGAACAAACGGAUAUUUAAUUGUAAUACGAAACUCAAAACGCGUAUUUCUAUACGCCCACAACACCAUCUACAUAAUAUCAUUAUAUACUUACGAUUUGACGGUCGGGCUAAAAAUAUCGUAUUUAACGCAGUAGGUUCUACCAUAAGAAAUAAAUAAAUUAAAAAAUUAAAAAAAAAUUAAAUUAAAAACAAACGGCCGGACGAACAUAAUAUAAUGUCACGUGGCUCAACGGGAAUGUCGCGAGACCACCGGCAUUAUAAAUUUAUAUGCGAUAAAAUCAAAUACAUAUUACACUUAAUAAAUACAUAUCAUAUCAUAUCGUUUUUUUACGAAAACCGAAAUACAAUUAGAUUAAUAUAUUAUAGCCUUAACGGAAUCUGAUAAGAAAAAAUAAAAAACACCCCGUGAUAAUAUUCGUUUGGUACGUGAUUUUUCCGAGGGUUGUAGUGAUAUUAUAGUUGUAUUAAAAUUAUUAGCGCGUUCUAUAAUAGUAUAUAAGAUAACAAUAUUAUUAAUACAAAAUUACAGUAGUAUAAAUAAUACAUAAUAAUCUAUAAUAAUAAAAAGCUUGAUGUUUACCGAAUGCUCGUAGACUGCAACGCCGUUCGUGGCGCGCGAAAAACGUUACGGCAUUAAAAAUAAUCGAAUAAAUCGAUGGUAAUAUAAAAUUUAUUAGCGUGACUUUCGAUGUAAAAAAAAAAAAUUGAUUUAAAUUAACCUAGGCAAAAACAAUAUUAUAGACAAACAAAUAAUAAUAAUAAAAAAAAAAGAAGAAAAAAAAAAAAGAAACAAUACUAUAUAAUCAUAUUAUAUUAUAUUUUAGUGUUCUCACCAGCACGUUCUUUACAUUAUACUAUUAUCCGUAUUUCGUCCAAUCACACUGGGAUCACAAAUUAUCGACAUGCAGACAAUCUUAGUACUUUAAAAAUAUAUAUAUUUGAUAUCUAACGUUAUCGAACUGUAUAAGUAAAACUUUUGUAUAGCUCAAUUACAUUUUUACGUAUACGUGCGAUAAACGGCUUUUGACGAGAACGAAUCUUUUUUGUACGACCUAGCUAUAGUUGUGUUUAUGAUAUUAUAUUGUGUUAUUAUUGCCGUGUAUCUUUUUGUGAACGGCAAUUCUAUAUAAAAACGACCCGAUCGUUUUUUUUUUUCGUACUUUUAUACCCGGGACAGAAAUUACAUUUGUUUUCGUUUUUUUUUUUUUUUUUUCUUUAGAAAAUAUGCUAUUGCUAUUGUAACAAUUGAAAUUUGAUAUACUUUUUCAAAAUAAUAUAUUAUUAUCGCGACUUAAUCGUUAAAACAAAAAAAAAAAAAACAAUUAAAAUAUAUAUGUUAACAUACCGUCUGGUUGUCUAGCAAUAACCUCGGAAGUUGGUUUUUUAUAUUUAUCUGAACAACUUUUCUACCAGAAUUAAUCUCGUUCAAUCUCGUAAUCGAACAUUUUAAAAGAAUUUUCGUAUAGCUUUUCUCUGACUAAAAGGUGCGAAGGGAAAUUAAUUUCGUGAUUAUCCUUGUAGUUCCCUUUAAUAACAGUUUCCUCGUCGCGGUUUUGUAAAAUGUAUAAAGAUUUACGUUCGGGGUAUUGCCGGUAACCGAUUGAACGAAAAAUAAAUACCGUUGCCCAACGAGUAACCAAUUAUUGUAAACCGAACUUUUUCCAAACGAUAUCAUUACCUAUGUUAACACCCUAAAAUACUUUGUCACACAUCUUGUUCGUGUGCGUCUAUUUGAAUACUUAUAAUUUUAUUUAUUUUGUUUUUUCUAGACGAUUAUUGUCACUUACAUAUCAAACGUUUUUGUACGGAAGUAAAAGCUUUUAUCUUAUACAUAUCACAUAUAUUAUACUACUAUCGUGCGUGAAAAAGAAAACCUUGAGCUUUGAUAAAAUACCGAAAAUUAUAAAGUUUUUUUUUUAUGCAACAAUCCUCCCCCCCGCACAAUUUUGAACGUUGCCGUAACACCAUAUUGUUUCGUUAAUUUGUUCGCGUUUUAAACUCAAUCAAAAAUCAUAUCAAAAACGAUCAACUCGUAUAAGUUAUCGUAUUAGAUUGUAGACGAUGGCGGUGUGCUUUUUAAAACGAAAAUUCGUACUACAUUUCUAAUUUAUUUUUGCGACAAGGAUAUUUAUUAAAAUGUACACACUGUUAUUGCGUGUUUUUUUUUUUUUUUUUUUAUAAUUUUUAUUAUAUAUGUAUAAAUGACGAUUUUUACAUAUAUUAUAAGGUUUGUAAAGUCCGUUAUACGUUGUUGACGAGAGAAUUUCGAGGUCGUAAUGAAUUAUUCGUACGCGUUCGUCGUUGUGGCGACCACCGCAAUGAGACGUAUCGAUUCGAAAAAUAACAUUCUAUAACACUAUCGAAUGGUCAGUAAACGGACUUGGUUCAAAGCAAAAUCACAAAAUUACAAUGAUCUGACGUUAUAAUAUAAUCGAAAACUGACGUUGAUUUGUUCUGUUUUUCCGUUUGCGAAAUACCGUUUUGACGCGUCAAGAUUAUAUUAUAUUGUCAUUAUUAUUAUUAUUAUUAUUAUUAUCCACGUAUAUUAUAGUAAAAAUACAAUUAUAUUUUUAAAUAACGCGCGUUUAAAAAAUAAUAAUGAUAAUAAUAAAAUAAAAAAAAAAAAAACUAUAUUUUAUUGAUAAGUAAAAAAAAAAAAAUUAAAGGACCUAUGGUUACCUAUCUAGAAAAUAAGAUUAUAAACGUUUAGUUUUUUAAGCGUUAGAUUUAAGUAUAUUAUGUUAUACACUAUAUUAUUAUUAUUAUAUACUGUAAAAUAAUAUUAUCGUAUGACGCCUAAAUCAUUAUUUGUUGUUGUAAACCGCCGACUAUAUUAUGUUAUAUUAAAAAGCCGUGCGAUAUAUUAUUUUUAUGGCCUCGUUAUAAUUUUCCGAGCAAAAAAAAAAAAACUCGUAUUCAAUAUUCAAUAGCGUUAUAAAUAUUAUCAUCGUAUUACGCGUAGUAAACAAUAUAUUACAGAAUUUUCGUUCAUAAAAAAAUAAGAAAGAAAAAAAAAUCUAUUAUGUAGUAUGAAAUAUCGGGGGGUUUUCGCGUCACGCGCACGUAAAACAACUCCGCGAGUAGAUCGCUGAUCAAUGACAAUGUAAUUACCGAGCGGGCGAAUUGUAUCGAUCAACCCGAAUGUAGACGAAUUUGUUUACGCCCCCACCCCCCUACGGAAUAAUUGCGCGAUAAAUAUACGACCGGUAAUAACGUGAAAAGCGUUUGAACGCGCGGUGCUUUUGCAUAACAUAUUAUUGUAUCGAAAUUCUCGACGUGCACAGAUAUUUACAACUUCGGUUUCCCGGCAAGAAAGGCUCGCGUCAGUGGUUUUCGUAUACGACGAAAUCGAAUUCCGAACGUCGCUAAACGGCGUGAUAUAAAUGCUGAACGGCUAUAAACGUCACUAUCCGAACGGCUCGAGUUAUGAAUUUUGUCCUUUUCGCCGAACAGAAUAUGUGAAUUUGAGGUAUUUCAAUUUUCGGUUAGUGUUUAUGUAUAAAUACGAGCAGUACGUGUUAGAAGAACAACCAUACGCGCUUGUGCGAUUCGGAUCGAAAAAUCAAACGGGCGGAAAAAAAUCGCACGAGAUACGAUUCUGAACGGCCGAAAAUCGAUUUGAGCGCUUCUUUUCCGGGGGACCGACGAUACAAUUUCAUCGGUUAAUCGAUACGAUUUGCCCUCUCUCUCUUACCGUCAUAUUUUACGAUUAAUAUUCGUUUGACACCGUGUAUAUCUACGUCGUCUUGCGCAGACCGCACCUCUUCACUGCCCCUCCCUCCCCCGUCCCGUCCCCUACAGGCACGCUGUAUCGAAGCCCAUAUGCGUUAAUGUUAUUAUUAUUAUUAUUAUUAUAAUUACAUAGUUAAAGGCAAAACAAAUCGUAUGUGUAUUUCAUGUCAAUUAACCAGACUGCGAUUUUAGACGAAUAUAAAAAAAAAAAAACCAAAAAAAAAAAAAAAAAAAUAGAACAUUUAUUUUCGGCUUGCCGCCUAAUAAUAUUAUACUCUGUCGCGGCGGACUUACCUGUGUAUAUUUUGACGGGGAAAUCUCGUGACGUCGUGCACGAUAGGACAUAUUUUUGUACGCGGUUUAUUAUAUUGUAUAUGUAUACGUAGCUUAAGUAGUAAACUAAUAUAAUAUACAAUUAGUAUAAGGUAGUUUAAGUUUGAAAAAAAAAAAAAAACCUAUGACCAGUUUGACAUAUUAUUUAGGAAUAGAUAUCGCGAUCGAAGGGUUUAUAAUGAUAUAUCGUGUUGCCGGCCGAACUCGGUUUGGCGUAUAGAUCUUCUGUAUUAUUGUUUGUCAUUUAUAGUGACAGUAAGUCAGCGUUACUACCAAUUUUUCGAGAAAUUUGAGUGCGUGAAAUACUUAAAUUACGCAUUAUAGUUUGUUCAGACAAAAAUUACACAUCAACUCCGUCAAACUGUUCAAAUAUUGGUUUGUACAAAUAAUAAGUUCAAAAUCACGUGUAUUUUGGAAAAAUUUAGAUCGUUUCCGUAAAUUUCGUUUUAUAUCCGUCGCCCGAAAUAAUAGAAAGCACGCUAUUCAUAUUGCUAUAUAAAAUCGCUGAAUGAAAAAAAACAAAUGAUUUUUUUGAUUACAUUAUUGAACAAAAAACUAUCGUAGGUAAAAUUUUGAUAUUUAUGCUUCAGAACGAACGACGAAUUGUUGAUAAUUAUUUCGGAAUUAGAGAUUCGGAUAAUUAUUCCGUUCACCCGAACAAAUGUUUAUUAAAUAAAAAAUUUAAAUAAAUUCAAUGUAAAACGUGUCUAUGUUACCCACGCAUGUAAAAACUAAAGAAGCAUUCUUAAACAUCGGCCGAAAAGUAAAGUUUAUUAAUUAAUACGCAUUCUAGACACACCCCGCGAGUCAGUGUAAAACGGUGAAGAAAUCGCUGUUGGUCGGUUGGUAAUCCUAGGGGGGACUAACUACGUAACUAGUCGCGAAGUUAAUUUAACAAAGCGUUUUGUUGUUAAUAAUGAAAAUAAAUGAACGUGCAUUGAAACUGUCGUUCGUAAUUUAACGCCCGGAAACUAUUUCUGUAAUAACUAUUAGGAACCAAAUCGUGGAUCCCGAAUAGGGGUUCGGGGGGCCGGUAACACAAAACGAUUAUCAUAAACGCGUAGAUCCAAUAAUAUAUGCAUAACACACGGAGAUGAGAUCGAGGAGCUGCAUACUCUUAUAAUAUUACAUAAUAUAGUUACCAAAGUGGUUACCUAUACACUUGAUUAUUGUUAAGGCCGCGGUGGUAUUCUAUACAUCAGCAUUAUGAUAUUAACGCGCAAUAUUUUUCGGUAGCGUUUCUUUAGCCACAACAACCGCGUGGCAUAAAGGUGUCUGCACAUUACAUCGUGUCGUCCAUAAGGGAUAUCGUGACAUCGUGCUGAUCGCGCGACCCUUGUGAAUUUGUUUGAAAUUGACUUCUGGUACUUAACUAUUUCAUGUAAGCCGUAGUAAAAUCAAACGAUUUCUGUUUUGUACUUUUUUAUACAGUAUUUGGUAUUUCGAAUAUCUGAUUCGUUUUUUGAAACAUAACAAAACUAAGGAGAACAAAUUUUAUUACUAAUAUAGGUAUUUUUAUUACGUAGAUGUAUUGAUACAUAUAAUUUAAAUUCAAAUUGCACGGGAAUCGAAACAAAAUAGAAUUAUAUCCAAUAGUUUACAAAAUAUACUUUCUGUGACCACUAGAAAUAUGGGCGUUUAUUUAACAUAAUAAAUAAUAAACGAUAGGAACCUAUUAAAAAUAAAUAUUAUAAAGUAAUUUCUAAUAAUAUUUUUGUCCUUUACACGAAUAAUAUUAAUCAGAUCAAUAUAUUGUAAAUUUCAAUAACACGGAUCUAUUAUUGGAAACUUAAAAAUUUGUCAAUUUGAUUGAAUAUUUUUCAAUUCUGAGAUGACAAUUAGUGACACGGCCAAUGAAAUGUGUAACUAACUGCGAAGUCAACUAGACGUUGGAUUUUUAAGACGACACGAUGUAUAUAUGUAUAUGCACCUUAACCAUCAUAAUAUUAUGGUAACCGAGUAGAUACUUGUCUUUCUAUCGUUAAACAAUAAUAAUCGAUAACAUAUCAUAUUAUGUCAGUACACAUAUCAAAAAAAAAACUAAUAAUAAUAAUAAAUUAAUAAAAAUAUUAAUAGGUAAUACGAGCAUAUCAUAUAUGGUUAAAGUUUAGUGAUUCUAUUAUUAUUAUUUUUGAAUAAUAUUCAAGAUUGAUAUAAUUCGUAUCAGUUUCUUAUUUUUGUUUAUUUUUUUGUUCGCCGAAAGUAUAAUUAAACAUAAUAAAACAAAUACUGUAUUUUAUGUUGUAGUCAUACGCUUAUUAAUAAAUACUCUAUUGUACGUGUCAAUCUAUAUGUGUAAAACUUAAAUAUAUUAUUAUUAACCUAUAAUAUGAUAUUACGAAUAAAAUGUAUAAAUGUUGAACAUGCUAUAUAUAUAUUAUAUAUUACAA